AUGCAGCUGAUUCUGCGCCUCCUGAACGGCCAUCUCCCACACCAGAGAACAAUUGAGAAUGCUCACCUCGGAGCAUGUCUUCUCAGAGACUAUGUUUGCAGUCCUAUUUUACUAUGCACUCAUUGCGUUUCCAGUGCUAGGUUUUUACUCCAUGUUCAUGUGACGUUAUCCAAAAUGCAUAUGUGUCCUUUAUAGCCCCAUCCUUUAAACUGCAGAAAGAAAUCUCAUCCCACAUUUAGAAGGACUGAGAGGAACUUCCAAACGCACAGCUGAGUGUAAUUGGGGGCUAUUUGUACUGCAUUCAUGGGUGUCCACAGGAAUUUUUGGUGGGUGGAUGAGGGUGGGGAGCAAGGUGAAACACUGCAAAGGGGGCUAGCUUCUUAAACAAAACAAAACAAAAAUGAGACUUGUAGUGCCUGUACAUUGUGCCUCACCUUGCUGAAAAGAAAUGAAAGCUGUGAACCUGGGGCUACGGUUCCGCGGCGGGGAGCAAUCCCCCCCCCGCCCAUGCCCAUUCUAGUAGGAUUUAGACAAACAUCCUGAUUUUGGAAGUAAUUAGGCAUAUGGAAGGCUAUAUUACCUCACAUCCUCAAGGACUGCCUCUUUCCAUAUGAACCUACCCGGAUCCGGAGAUCAUCUUCUGAGGCCUUUCUUCAUGUGCCUCCUCCUCGAGAGGUGCGGAGGGUGGCAACAUGAGAACGGGCCUUCUCUGCAGUGGCUCCCCAUCUGUGGAAUGCUCUCCGCAGGGAAGUUCGCCUGGCACUUUCAUUAUACACCUUUAGACACCAGGCAAAAAUGUUCCUUUUUAAUUAGGCCUUUGGUUGAUCUGAUUUACAUCCUAUGCCCUUUUAAAAUGUGGUUGGGGGGGGGCGCUAUUGGAUUGUUGUUUUUAUUUUUAUUAUGUAUUUUGUGAGGGACAUGGGUGGCGCUGUGGGUUAAACCACAGAGCCUAGGACUUGCCGAUCAGAAGGUCGGCAGUUCGAAUCCCCGCGAAGGGAUGAGCUCCCGUUGUUCAGUCCCUGCUCCUGCCAACCUAGCAGUUCGAAAGCACGUCAAAGUGCAAGUAGAUAAAUAGGUGCCACUCCGGCGGGAAGGUAAACGGUGUUUCCGUGCGCUGCUGUGGUUCACCAGAAGCGGCUUAGUCAUGCUGGCCACGUGACCCUGAAGCUGUAUGCCGGCUCCCUUGGCCAGUAAAGUGAGAUGAGCGCUGCAACCCCAGAGUCGGUCACGACUGGACCAAAUGGUCAGGGGUCCCUUUACCCUUUACCUUUUUGGUUGAUCUGAUCUACAUCCUAUGUCCUUUUAAAAUGUGGGUUUCUUGGGGGGGGCUAUUGGGUUGUUGUUUUUAUUUUUAUUUUUAUUAUGUAUUUUGUAGUUUUAUAUCUUGAUUUUAUUCUGUGAACCGCCCUGAGACCCCUGCAUAUAGGGCAGUAUAUAAAUUCAAUAAACAACAACAACCACACACACACACACACGAUGUGGGGGCUUAGGAUUGCAUCGUUAGCCUAGAUGCGACUUGAUGUCUCCGGGACCAUUCAAUGUGGGUCUAGCAACAUCUCGAUUCCUUCCUUUUUCUUCGCGACUAACUUGACCCACUGAACUCAAGGGGACCCAAGUUCAGCUGACGUCCGGAUCCAGCCCUUUAUGUCUAAUUAAAGUUUCCCGAGUGGCCGUGAAGAUAAAGGCACCCCCGCCCCGCGCGCCUUAUUGAUAAGCGCGUGUUGCCGGGUCACAGCAAUAAACAAAGCUCCGGGGGAAAGGCAGUGGCCCACCUUGGCCAGCAGAGGGCCCGGGCGCGGUCUUGAAGGCAGGGAGGGGCUCCCUGCGCUGCAAAGAAAGGUGAAGCGAAGGCGAGGAGGAGUGGCCGCAGCAGGACUAUUCGGAAUGCGCCUAAGUCUGCUACGCUUUCCGUCUUGAAAGGCUCCUGUGCCUUCAAGAAGCUGACUUCGAGGAAGAGGCAUUGCACGGCUGUAUCUUUCACGUAGGAGGAGGUCCCGGGUUCAUUCCUUGACCUAUCCAGGUAGGAUAGACUGAAAUGUAGGAUAGACUGAAAUGUUGGCAAGCUUUGGGCGUCUGCCUUGCAUGCAGAACAUCCCAGGUUCAGCUGAGAGAGAGACUCUGGCAUGGGUGUAGCCAAGGGGGUGGGGGGUAGUGAGGGGCAGCUGCCCCCCCUAUAAAUCAAUAAAAAUACAUAGCUAACUGAGGUUCUGCCCCUUCCCCCAAAGGUCUGCUCCCCUAACAAAACAAAAAUCCUGGCUAUGCCCAUGGGCUCUGGUCUGAAAUUCUGGACAGCUGCUGCUGGUCAGUGUAGACCAGGGGUACAACCUUUUUAUACCUACCGCCCACUAAUGCACCAGUGAUCCAGUGAUCUUUAUAGGAGGAGAACAUAGUUUCCUAUAUUCCUGAUAUUCACUAGGUGAAGCUUUUCCGGUCAGUGCAUUUUGGGGUUGGUGAAAACUGCACCUGUUGAAUGGGCUGCCUGCCUCGCAACUCUUAGCUGUGCAGUUAAUGGGAUGUAGGAAGUGGGGAGCGAGACAGAGAAUGAGAGGUGUGUGUUGCACCCCUGGACACAGUUUUACUGGCCUCUUCACUAUAUACCUGUAGAUUGCUGGCAUGCGGAAUUUGUUAGCUUUGCUCCUUUGAUCUCAUGUGUUUGAAACUGCUGUGUGAACGAGACUGAGUUGGGGCCUGUGGCUUCACUCGUGCAAAAAGCACGGGAGAUGUCAUUCUGGGGAAAUAACCUCUCACUUUUUCAGUUUGCCCAUUGUACAGAAUGGAAAACACAAGAGCACAGUGGCUCGCUGCUUCGAUCCUGGCAAGUGUGCUAGGUCUGUGCCUGCCCACUCAUACAAAGCACCCUUCACCGAUUUUAGUGUUGCAUUUCUUCCAAGGUGGAGGAAAUUGUACCUGGCUGAUGAAAGAAAGCAGUGGUUUAUGCAAUGCAAAGUCUAGAAUUUGCUUCCACAGGAAAUGGUAGUGAUAGGCACUGAGUUGGAUGGCUUUAAAAGAGUAAGGCUAUUGGUGGCUACUAGCCACAAUGACUUAGUUAUGCCUCCACUGUUGAAGGUGGAUGCCAAGUACAGGGAAUCACAACUUGGGAGAGUGCAUAGGCUCUUUUUAUAUUCUUAAAGGUGAAUCCAGAACACCUUACAGCCUCCAGUUCAGCCACAUCUAUAUUACGCUGCUCACCUCCCCGUUCCCCAGUCCUAAUUUUGCUAAUUUCAUUACAGGUCAGUUUUGCGUGUUCUGUUGUAUUUGCAUAGCACCAAGCAUUAAAGAACACAGCACUCUUUUAGGGGGAAUAAAUGGAUGCUACCAGCACUCAAAGUAACUAAGGUUGCAAUCCUAUACACCAGGCACUUAGCCCUCGAGAUGCUGUGGGACUACAGCUUUCAUCAGCCCAGCAAGCAUGACCAAUGGUCAGGAAUACAGUGGUACCUUGGGUUAAGUACUUAAUUCGUUCUGGAGGUCCGUUCUUAACCUGAAACAGUUCUUAACCUGAAGCACCACUUUAGCUAAUGGGGCCUCCCGCUGCUGCCACGCCGCCGGAGCACGAUUUCUGUUCUCAUCCUGAAGCAAAGUUCUUAACCCGAGAUACUAUUUCUGGGUUAGCGGAGUCUGUAACCUGAAGCAUCUGUAACCUGAAGCGUCUGUAACCUGAAGCGUAUGUAAUCCGAGUUACCACUGUAAUGAGAAUUGCAGUCCAACAAAAACUGCAGAGCACAGUGUUGGCUACGCCUGCUGUACUUACUUGGGACUUCAUUGUGGCCUACUUCAGAGUAGACACGUAUAGGGUAGCAGCUACUUAUUUUAUCACUUUAUGUGUAUCUUACAUUUGUGCCUCUACCUUUCUCCAAGAACGAAGGGCAGCUUUAAGUGCCCCUACUGAGGGUGGAAGAACAGUAAGCAAAUCAAACUAGGCUUUGUUAAAGGAGCACUUUGGUAUCACUUAAAGUUUAAAUCUUGAAGUGUUAGGCAGAGAGAUGCUCCUAAGGAAUAGGUGAAAGGUAGGUGAUGGAUAUCUGCCUUUAUAAUGCAUCGACUUGCAGGUGAGUGCCUCAGGUAUUACUAACACUUAACAAGGUCCAGCAAUUUCAUAACGGGUGGUUUAAAUGAGAAGGUAUUUGGUCAUAGUAGAUCUUAAACCAGAACUGGCUCGUCUGUGGAAAUCACUGAGAGACAUAGCUCCCAGCAUCUUGUAGGUAUCUCUGAACUGCCUCUGUGGAGAAGUAUCUGAUCUGAGAGGGACAUCAAUGAUCUAAAAGCUCUGUGGUGAGUCAUCUGCGAGGGGAAGAACUGAGGUUCAGCAGUAGAGCGAACGUUUGGCAUGUGGAAGGUCCCAGGAUCGAUCCCUGGCAUGUCCUGGUAGGGCAGAGAGAGAGAGAGAGAGAGAGAGACCCCUGUCUGAAACCCUGGAGAGUUUUGUCAGUAGCUGCCAGUGUAGCAGAGCAGAGCUCCUUACCCAGCUUCCCAGCACAGAAAUCACAGCUGGUAAGGGAGAGCAGGGGACGCGGGUGGCGCUGUGGGUUAAACCACAGAGCCUAGGACUUGCCGAUCAGAAGGUCGGCGGUUCGAAUCCCUGCGACAGGGUGAGCUCCCAUUGCUCGGUCCCUGCUCCUGACAACCUAGCAGUUCGAAAGUACGUCAAAGUGCAAGUAGAUAAAUACCGUAUUUUUCGCCCUAUAGGGCGCACCGGCCCAUAGGGUGCACUUAUUUUUUUGGGGGGGGGGAAAUAAAAAAAAAAUUUUUUCCUCCCUGAGCCCCAAAGAGCAAAGAAGCCAUGACAGUGAGCGGGAUGGAUCCCGCUAGCUGUCCUGGCUUCGUUUUUAGCCUCGGGGCUGGGGGUCGCCAUUGCUCCCGGAGCUUGUGGGGCUGGGGGCGGGGGAAGCCUGACCCCAGCCCCCAGAACAGGCUGUUGCCUGCAAGCCUGGCGGGAACUCCCGCCGGUCUCGCAAGGCUUGCGGACAUCUGCGUGAAGCACGGGGCGCACUCCGGAGCGCGCCCCAUGCUUCGGGCUGCAGGCUGCUGCCCGCAAGCCUUGGGAGCCCGGCGGGCACUCCCGCCAGGCUCCCAAGGCCUGCGGAUAGCUUCCUGAAGCCUGGAGAGCGAGAGGGGUCGGUGCGCACCGAUGCCUCUCGCUCUCCAGGCUUCAGUGAAAGCCUGCAUUCACCCCAUAGGACGCACACACAUUUCCCCUUCAUUUUUGGAGGGGAAAAAGUGCAUCCUAUAGGGCGAAAAAUGCGGUAGGUACCACUCCGGCAGGAAGGUAAACGGCGUUUCCAUGCGCUGCUCUGGUUCGCCAGAAGCGGCUUAGUCAUGCUGGCCACAUGACUUGGAAGCUGUACGCCGGCUCCCUCAGCCAAUAAAGCGAGAUGAGCGCCAUAACCCCAGAGUCGGUCACUACUGGACCUAAUGGUCAGGGGUCCCUUUACCUUUACCUUUAAGAGAGAGCAGAGAAGUGGGGAGGUCAGUGCGGUGUGGACACAUGGAAUUGCAGAUUGACUCCGCCAUUGUGCCUGCACCGCACUGACCUAACCAUUUCCUUUACUGGCAGCAGCAAUCUCCACAUUGGGAAGCCAAGCAACUGACUUUGCCCUGCUCCUCCUGGCUGCCCACUCCUGGCCUCUGAUGGUCAGUGUUGACAGUAUUGAGCAGGACAGACCAGGAUACUAUGGAUAGUUGUGAAUAGUCAUCCUUAGUUUAAAAAUGCCAAACUUGAAAAUUAUUAUUAUUUCCCCUAUUUCUCUCUUUGUCCCACCCUAACCUUCAGGUCCUUAAUUUGCACUCAUAUUUGUCUGAAGUUUCACUUUCAUGUGUCAGAAAUCAAUAGGCAACAGAACCCUGUGACAAAGUUCAUUUUUAAUUGGAAGAAAAAUGGCUAUUUAUUUUAAAAGGCUGGCUGGGUUACGUGAGAUACGUGCAGCCGGGAGACUUUAGUGGUUUGGCUCUAUUCCUGAAGUCUUAAUCUCAGAAACAAUGAAAAAUGCUGAAUGAAUUGAAAGCUGAUAAGUUUAAAAAGAGACCCGCCCACACGUACUUAAGAGCUGCGUGUGAGCUGCGGGUCAGUGCCUCUUAUUGGUAUGGGGCAGCGCGGUGAUGAUAUGUUGAUGGAGCCACUCUACUGGUGCACCCAUGCAAGCCCCGACAUCACCACAUUUGCACCACUCCUGGAAUUCUGUGUAAUGUGGUAAUUUGCUAACAUCUAUGGCAGGCCUGGUGAGGAGUACCCAGAGACUAUACAGGCUUCUAGACAGCAGACCUAACAUGGUCAAGUGUCAUUUACAUUUUUCCAAAGGGGUAGCUGGCAACAAGCUUUUAAGAAAAAAGAUUUUUUCCCUGGAAAGGGUAAUAAAUCCAGAUUAAACGGGGGUGGAGUAGGGAAAUACGGACUGACGUUUUGCGGCCGAUGGCAUCCUAUGGAUGCUGGGGGGGGGGAGAACCCCCAAAACAAAUUACAUGAGGACACCCAUCGCACAGGGCAGAACUGGCCCUGUUGCAGCUACCAUAUUAUACUCUUUCUUUAGUGUAAACCCUGGAACUCCCUGCCCAUUGACCUCAACUACGUGCGCCUUCACUGUAUCUCCCUUUGGCACUUGCUAAAACCACUUUUGUUCAAGCAAGGCUAUUCAGACAUGUAGAAGCCGUCAUGUGUUUUUAAUUUAAUUCUAGCUUAAUGCGGUUUUGAAUUAUUUUUAGUUUUAAAUGCUUGAUUUUCACUGUUUCUCACUCUUAGUUUUAUUAUUUUAUUACCAUCAAGUAGUAUAUAAAUGUUGUGAAAUAAAACAACCUCCCUGUGACCUCACCCUGCUCUGCUUUGGUGACUCAGCUGCUGUUGUCUCCCCACACAAUGAGCAGUGUCUGUUUCCAGGACUCAGAGAAAUGAAUUGGGGGCUCCUGCCAACCCUGGCAUCUGCCACCUGAGGCAGCUUCAUCACUCUAAUAGCAGGACUGACCCUGGUGGUCUUAAUGACAAUGUAUAGGACAGUCUCCCAGGUACAACAACUUUGUUGUUGGAUUAAGCAAAUCAGUUAGUGCAUAGUGUAUUAUUACCACCUCGUUGCCUGUUCAGCCCCACCCAGUGCAUGUCAGCACAAUAGCCAAAACAAUUCAUUGGCAUGGUGGAAGGUUUGGAUUUUUGGGCUCACUGUGUAUUUCUUCUUGCACCCAGAGGCUUGUAAGUGUGCCGCUCUAUGAAUGCAUGUGCUUGUUCCAGCUUGCUGAACAACUGCUCUGGUUUACAGUUGCUGCUGCUGUAAUUCACCUUGUCUCUGGUAUCAGUGGAACACCACAUAAAUAGCAUUAUUGCGCCCCUGGUCUCUUGACUGGUGACUGGGGGCGGCCACCAAGACCAUAUAACACCGGUCCUGAAAGACCUACAUUGGCUCCCAGUAUGUUUCCAAGCACAAUUCAAAGUGUUGACCUCGGCCCAGUAUACCUGAAGGAGUGUCUCCACCCCCAUCGUUCAGCCCAGACACUGAGGUCCAGCUCCGAGGGUCUUCUGGUGGUUCCCUCACUGCGAGAAGCUAAGCUACAGGGAACCAGGCAGAGGGCCUUCUCGGUAGUGGCACCUGCCCUGUGGAACGCCUUCCCAUCAGAUGUCAAAGAAAUAAACAACUACAGUGGUACCUCUGGUUAUGUACUUAAUUCAUUCCGGAGGUCCGUACUUAACCUGAACCUGUUCUUAACCUGAAGCACCACUUUAGCUAAUGGGGCCUCCCGCUGCUGCCGUGCCACCGCCGCGUGAUUUCUGUUCUCAUCCUGAAGCAAAGUUCUUAACCUGAGGUAUUAUUUCUGGGUUAGCGGAGUCUGUAACCUGAAGCGUAUGUAACCUGAAGCGUAUGUAACCCGAGGUACCACUGUACCUGACAUUUAAAAGACAUCUGAAGGCAGCCCUGUUCAGGGAAGUUUUUAAUGUGUGACAUUUUAAUGUAUUUUUAAUCUUUGUUGGAAGCCGCCCAGAGUUGCUGGGGAAACCCAGCCAGAUGGGCAGGGUACAAAUAAUACAUUAUUAUUACUAUUACUUAACUUCACCUGCCAGGAAUUUCCUUGGGUAUUUGAGAAAACUGCAAGUCAUCUUGAGUCAUCAAAAGCUAAUCAGUUUUAAAACUUAAAAUAUUAGGGGCAGAGGUUUAAGUACAUGCCUAACUCCCCCACUGGAAACCACAAUAUAAUUUUAGUACACUAACAUUUUGAUUUUAUUUAUUAAACGUAUCUAUGUCUCCAUCUAAUUUAAAAAUGCCAGAGCAGUUUAUAACAGAGUAAAAAUGCCUAACUUUGACUGAAUACAUAGGCGUUUGCUGUCUGCAUCUUCUGUCAGCAUCGUCCUUGAGCCAGUGCCACCAACUGGACUCAUACACUUCAGCCCGACUGGGCUAGGCAAUCUGGGUAGCACUUCCAGAGACCACCUUCUGCACAGGAACAGGUCAAAGUCCUGUGGACUCACAGCUUAGAGUUGUGAGCACCGGAUUCACUCCAACAAGAAGACAGUCGUCGCACAGCAGAGUAUAGCAGAGCAUAAACGACUCGGAGAGCAGCUCUGUAGAAUAUCUUCUUUAUUCUAUCUACAACUAUAAUACACAACUAUGUACAGAGCUAAAUGAGGUCUAAGCAAAAAUGCUGAACUGCACUGAGUGUCUGCAGCUGCUCUUAGCAGCAACCUUAUCUAUACAUACGAUCUCUCUCUAACACUCAGUCUCUCUCUCUCUCUUUGAUGUGAGGCUGGAGUGGAAUAUGUAGGGAGCAGAAACUGCCCCCUCCUCUCUGGAGAAUCAGCAGAUCACAUCAGCAGAUUCUUGGAUAUGGGAGGAGUGAAAUGCAAAAUAUACGCUGUCUGAAGUAAUAUGUUAUUCUGUGGCUUAUCAUCUGAAAGUGUCUUUCCUUUAAGCUUAAUUUUUAGCAAAAGUCAAACAAUUGAGCAGGGCUGGGGAGCCUGUGGCCUUCAAGUUGCGGCUGGACUGCAAAUCCCAUCAUCACUGGCCAUUGACCAUGAUGCUUGCAGGUUCUCCACCCCCGUAGCAGAGGAUAUUGAGAUAUCCUUCCCCCAUUUGCCUUUAAGCCUGCUUGUUCAAUCGUCUGUUAUCCUCACUUAAAUGUUUCAAAUGUUUUGCUUUCUUCACAGAUGGAAAAGUUGGCUAGCUUCUUUCUUUUAUGGGGAGCAUUUUCUUCAGGAGUCCUCGGCUACUCAAAUGGAAAAAUCAGUGCGGCUUGUGGCUCUAUGAUUCCUGGUCACGGACACAUUGCACAGAACUCUGCACCGCCAUAUGCCAUCUCCACCUCCAAAACUUCAUUUGCCCCAGGAGAUGAAAUUAUAGGUGAAUUCAGAACCAUUUGUUGACUGCAAUGUAAACCAAAAGUGAUGUCAAAGGUCCACUGUAGGAAGUGCUUCCUUCCCAUUCUCCCUGCCUCCGCCCCCAAUGUCUCUGUUUAACAUCAAACCUUAGUUAAAUAACUUUUUAUCUCUAAGCCAAGGAUGGGCAAUCUGUUGCACUCCAUAAAUAGCUGUGACCAUCAUUCCUGACCAUUGACCAUGCUGGCUGGGGCUGAUGGGAAUUAAAAUCUAGCAAUAUCUGGAGGGCAGAAAGUUCUCUAUCACUGGUUUAAGCCCAAAUGUGAAAUGAACAGGGUCCAAAUUGCUCUGUGGGUGUGCAUGUAUAGGCAUUGAUGCCAUGCCUCCCUGCCCUCUGCCCCACAUUUUGCUGUAGCCCUUCACAUUAGAUUCUUGUUUUUUGACAAUCUCAGCCUGUUGGGAAUGAUUGUUGGAGUGGGGUGGGGGAGCUGAAUGCCAUGCUAGAUCCUUUUGGAUCAUUGCUCAGAGCUACAAUAAGUGUGUCAUCUUUUGCCAACAAGAUCACAUGGAUUAGUCGUCACUGGAGAGACAAAAGGAUUCUUUGUCCUCUGGAAAGAGUUUCCUAUUUCAAUCACAUUACAGUUUGCUAUAAAGGAAGUAGACAUGUUUUUGUAACUUAUUAUCUUUCCCCUUUAGCACAGGAGUUUAGAAAGCAAAUGGGUGAAAAACCAAAACCAAACAUACUUAUUCUCUUCCAGCAAGGGAAAGGAUCGGUACCUUGUAUCCCUCCAGCUGCUUUGAACUUGGCUCUUUUCCCUAAGACAUUUGGUUAUCCAUCUACGAAUAAAGCUAAGCUGAAUCACAAUGGACCUGAUCCAGCCAUUAAAAAAAAAUACUUUGCCAUGUGUGCUUGUCUGUGAAAUGUACAGUUUGUUUUUCUCUGAGCCACACUGUGGUGGGAGGGAGGGUCUGGAGAUCAGAGGUACUCAUAUCUCUGCAUGCCCAGCCUAGAGAGGCAGUACUUAGUAGGCUUUUUACCUGGUGGGGCUGGGUGCUGUUUUGUGGUAGAUAAAAAAAUAAGGUGUGGUUUUUUAAAGAGACCAUUUUGCCCACUUUCAAAUGUGUUCAAAAUUUUGGCUUUGGUUAUAGUUUGUUACUGUGAUAUUCCAUGGGAGGGAGGGAUAAUAGUAGUGGUGGUGGUGGAGAUUAUUAUUAUUAUUAUUAUUAUUAUUAUUAUUUCCCCAACCACUCUGGGUGGCUCCCAAUAGAAUAUUAAAAACACGAUAAACAUCCAACAUUAAAAACUUCCCUGAACAGGGCUGCCUUCAGAUGUCUUCUAAAAGUCUGAUAGUUGUUCUUCUCUUUGACAUCUGGUGGGAGGGUGUUCCACAGGGCGGGUGCCACUACCAAGAAGGCCCUCUGCUUGGUUCCCUCUAGCUUCACUUCUCGCAGUGAGGGAACCACCAGAAGGCCCUUGGUGCUGGACCUCAGUGUCCGGGCAGGACGAUGGGGGUGGAGACGCUCCUUCAGGUAUACUGGGCCGUGGCCAUUUAGGACUUUAAAGGUCAGCACCAACACUUUGAAUUGUGCUUGGAAACAUACUGGGAGCCAAAGUAGGUGUUUCAGGACCGAUGUUAUAUGGUCUUGGAUGGAUGGAUGGAUGAAUAGAUAGAUAGUCAUUUUUUUCUUUAAAAAAAUGUUUAGGUGUACUCUCAUUUUGACUGAAGAAAAUCACCAUUUUACAGUUCAAAUUGGGGAAAAUACAGUAAAUGGACUAAAGUACAAAGAUUCACAAAAUGUUUAGGGGUAUACAUACCCCUGCAUUCCUCCAGAAAAAUGCACUGGAGAGAUCGAGAGAUAGAGAGAUAGAGUUGAGUGAGUACAGAUCCCUAGUCUGGAAUUUUGGGGGCUUGAGGAAAGGUCAUUAAAGGCAGGGGAGAACAACACAGAACACAAAUACAUUUCAUCAAGCAGCCCCUACUAGUGUGGACAGGAAACAUCAAGAUAGAUUUGAAUUGAAAGCACUCGGGUGCAGACAAAAGUGCACAAAUUAAAAUCAGAUCUGUGUGACACACCCUGGUGUGUGUACACAGCCCUUGUAGGUUCUCACACUGAAGUGAUGGUAGUAAUAAAUGCAACUUUCAUUUGUUGUUGCUUUUUGCCCUUAAUAUUUGUUGUGGCAAAACAUUUAAACUGACACUUUUUACAACAUCUUUCCUACUCAGUAUCUCUUAUGGCAAGCGGCGAUUCCAGUUUUGAGGGAUUUUUACUCCAGGCCCGAGCAGUUGGAGGCGAUGUUGCUGUGGGACAUUUUCGAAUCCUAGACCCUAACUCGCAAGGCCUUGCAUGCAAUGACAUUCAGGUAUGUGUAACUUGUGUGGCUUGGGCUUGUGUAAUUCUUUUGUUAGUAGCUUUUGCGAUGCAAAAACAAGCUUUGGUUGCAGAGCAGAGACUCAUAUACACUGAGGGAACUAUCCUAUGGCCUUGAAGAUGAUCGGGGAUAGUCUGUUUUUUUGUCUGAAGAGCUAAUCCCACGCUAUAUCCUACCACAUAUGCUUUUAAAACAGUGAUGGGAAACUUUAGGCCUCCCAAGGCCUCUUUAUCUGGCUCUCAGGACUCUCCUCAGGCUACCCCCUCCUUGAAUAUUUCUGUCUGGCUGAAAUGUGUCCUUGAAAUCUGAUAAUGCCUCUGGCUUGUCUGGACAGAGAGGCGUGAAUGCAGAGCCUAGCCUACUCUACAAUGGUAGACAUUCAUCGCUCUGCCCACCUUUGUCUCCUGCUCUGCCCACGACUGGCAUGGGGCUUCUAGAAGGUCAAAAAAGAUUCCCCACACAUGUUUUAAAGGUAUAUGUUGUUUUCAAAUGCAGUUGGCUGUGAAAGGUGUGGAGUGGGGAAUGCUACUUGGGCAAACAGCAGCUCUGCAGGUGUCUUGGGUGCACAGAACUAUUUUCAUGGUUCUUUUUGACCCUCGCCACAAUACAUGUGGUUGGAAAGAAGGAAGGAAGGAAGGAAGAAGACGGGGCUGCAAUGGGCCUCAGUUGGUAGAAAGAGAUGGAUAUUUUCUACCCCUAACCACCAAUGCUCUUUCCUGGGCUCAAAAUGCUCUACAGUGGUACCUCUGGAUAAUAAUAAUAUAAUAAUUUAUUAUUUGUACCACGCCCAUCUGGCUGGGUUUCCCCAGCCACUCUGGGCGGCUUCCACAAAGACCAAAAUUACACUAAGAUGUCAUACAUUAAAACUUCCCUGAACAGAGCUGCCUUAAGAUGUCUUCUGAAUGUCAGGUAGUUGUUUAUCUCUUUGACAUCUGAUGGGAGGGCGUUCCACAGGGCGGGCGCCACUACCGAGAAGGCCCUCUGCCUGGUUCCCAGUAGCUUUGCUUCUCGCAAUGAGGGAACCGCCAGAAGGCCCUCAGAGUUGGACCUCAGCGUCCAGGCAGAACGAUGGGGGUUGAGACGCUCCUUCAGGUAUACAGAGCCGAGGCCCUUUAGGGCUUUAAAGGUCAACACCAACACUUUGAAUUGUGCUCGGAAACGUACUGGGAGCCAAUGUAGGUGUUUCAAGACCGGUGUUAUGUGGUCUCGGCAGCCGCCCCCAGUCACCAGUCUAGCUGCCGCAUUCUGGAUUAGUUGUAGUUUCAGGGUCACCUUCAAAGGUAGCCCCACAUAGAGCGCAUUGCAGUAGUCCAAGCGGGAGAUAACUAGAGCAUGCACAACUCUGGCGAGACAGUCCGUGGGCAGGUAGGGUCUCAGCCUGCGUACCAGGUGGAGCUGGUAGACAGCUGCCCUGGAUACAGAAUUGACCUGCGCCUCCAUGGACAGCUGUGAGUCCAAAAUGACUCCGAGGCUGCGCACCUGGUCCUUCAGGUGUGCAGCCUGGAACGGGAUCCGUUUCGGAGCCCCGUUCGCAUCCAGAAGCGAACGCAACCCAUGUCCGCGCGUCUGCGGGUCGCAACUCGCCGCUUCUGCACAUGCGCGUGACAUCAUUUUGACUGUCUGCGCAUGCGCGAGCGGCGAGACCCGGAAUUAAUGCUCUCCUUCCGAGUCGCCACAGCGUGCAACCCGAAAGUACUUAUCCCGAAGCUACUUCAACCCGAGGUAUGACUGUAGUCCUCAACCCAGCAGCUCUGAGACUCUGUAUGUCUUUGAGGGAAAAGGGGCCUCUGGCUCUCUGAGCACUGCUGAACUUCAUUUCUCAUCAACCUCAGCCAGCACAUGGCCAGUGGUCGGGGUGGUGCUUGUUGUAGCCCGACAAUAUCUAAAGGGCCACAAGAUCCCCAUCUUGGCAGGGGUGUAAAAUUGUGUUCCUAGAGGAGUGGGAGACACUUUCCCAUCUCCUCCAGCGUGACUAAUCAUACCAUCGGCCAGACUGCUCCACUUCCCCAUCACCCCAAUAUCAGCAUUACAGUGGUACCUCAGGUUAAGUACUUAAUUCGUUCCGGAGGUCCGUUCUUAACCUGAAACUGUUCUUAACCUGAAGCACCACUUUAGCUAAUGGGGCCUCCUGCUGCUGCCGCGCCGCUGGAGCACGAUUUCUGUUCUCAUCCUGAAGCAAAGUUCUUAACCUGAGGUACUAUUUCUGGAUUAGCGGAGUCUGUAACCUGAAGCGUAUGUAACCCGAGGUACUACUGUAUUUUGUUUACAAGGCCAGCAUGGUUCUUGUUUGUCCAACAUCCUGCUAAUCAAAAUUGGGACACUCCUUUUUUAAAAAAAAUAUUGAUCUCUCACAGGAGUUAGUUGACUCGCACCAGAGAUCGAGAUAAGAAAACAAGCAACUUUUGGUCCGGUGCUCGGCUGACUCACACCAGAAGCUGAACCAAAAAACAGGACAUUCUGGGAUCCAAUCAGACGCCUAGGGUGUCCCGCUCAAAUUGGGACAGUUGAAGGGUAUGCAAUGAAAGUUGGUGGGGAAUGGUUCUCUGUAAUCACCCAGCUUAUCAAGGGACUCCAUGGGCCCACAGUUCUGAGUUGUUUUUAGCAUCUGAAAUGUGCCUGAUUUCCUUCUGCAUCAGGAUUUCUUUCUUUUUUCCCCCCACUGUAGAAUUCUUCCCUGAGUCACACAAACAAGGCAAAGAAGCAAAACAUAACAGCAAUUUGGAUUGCUGCUCCUGGUGUAGGGCAUGUUGAGUUCAGGUACAGGCUUGUUUUCUCUGUAUAAGGGAGCAGCACUUCUUAAUGCCUUAAUUCCCCCCAAAGUCUUAAAUUACUUUAUGGUUGUAAAUGUAUACUAGACUAGGAAGCCUACAUCCUGCUGGGAUUGGCUACAAGAAUCCAUGUCUCUGCUGCAGAAGGGUCAAGCAUUUUUCUAAAUUUCACUGUGGCUUGGCUCUUCGGCACUGGGAACUGCUGCAGUGAAAACAAUAAGCAGCAUGCAUAAUUCCCUUGACUUUAAUCUGUUUUAACUGUUUUUGAUUCUGAGUUUUAAGUUGUUAUAACUCACCCUGGUAAAGGGUGGGUGGUGGUGGUAUUAACAGUGUAGACUGAAGCUGUUAAAUCCACAAAUUCCAGGCUAUAUAAUCAAUCAAAUUUUAUAUUUGAAAAAUAGAAUAGUGCAAUCUAGAAGAAUUGGUUGGCUGUAUCUGGUCAGUGCUUUCUAAAAUUAUUUACAUGCUGUGUAUUCCACCAUUUUCAGAGCAACAGCGGUCUAUAAUUUUUCGGUAUUCUGGACUCAAGUUCAAAGUCAAGUUCUCGUGUCUUCCAGUUCACCACUUGUUCCAGUAAGUUUUAAUCUGGUUUACUGGCCAUCUUGUUUUACAAGUAUGUAAUAAUGAUACCGUGCAUUUAAUUUAAACUAUUCUUAGAGAACUUUAUUUUUUGGUGUAAGGACUACCAGGUCAUGUCAAUAGUUUAAACAUUCUACUGCUGAAAACUGUAGGGGGGGAAACCACACUCAUAAGCACAAAGGAGACCAACCUUUUUUUGGCCUGAAAACUACAUUGACUGUAACCCACAUCUCUGAAGGCCAAAUACCAGCAACGUAUACGUACGAUACAGACAUAUAGAGUAACAAGUGCCAUAUGUUAUGUACUGAAGUUCUCACCCUGGGCCAGCAGGGGGAUACUGUAGAUAGUUUUCACUCAGGUCCACAUAUGCGAAUAAGGGAAUAAAAGUGACGUUCAGUGAUUGGAUAGUUACAGAAAGUGUUACAGUUGCGUUGCAGUGGAGCUCUAUAUAAGCAGGCUGGCUGAACCCUUCAGUUCAGUUCUGUUCUGGCCUGUGAAUAAACAAGAGCUGUUCGAAGAAUCGCUGUGUUGUCUGAUAUGUUCACCCACAACUUAACACCAUACACACUCCCCUGACAUUUCUUUCCUGGCAGGGCAGGUUACAACAUUUAAAACAAUAUAGGUAGCUCACAAUCUCCUCCUCAAUCCCAGGAUUUUUGACGGAGAAGCUGAGAAGUAAAUUCCUUUUCCUUAACCAUUUUUUAAUGUAACCACUGUUCUUUUCUUUCACAGACCGUCUCCUCCACAACAGUAAGUGUUUGAUCUUUGCAUUUUGUUUUAAGACGACUUGUUUCCCGCUUCAUCCAAGCCCAUUUCUUCCAUGUCAGUAGUAACCUGAAUAUGUUUCUUUUGGAGAGGACAGUCGUUGUGUCCGAAACCCAUGCUUGCUUCAAGGUAACGUAUGGAAUUGUGCUGUAAAGGGUGCUGUACGUUUGGCAAACUCCGAGAAUCCCUCCAGUGGAAAUGACACAAGGAUUGCGUAUCGAAAGCAUGCUAAAAACAAAUGCAAGAAGGCCUGGCAGCAUUUAUGCACUCCAGGUGUGUGUCUCUGUGUGUAGUGUGUUCAUUACGGUUGCAAUGAAUCUAUCGACUUACCUGGGACUUACAUGUACCCCUGACCAGACAUGCAAACAGGAUUCCAUUUAUUUAUCAUGUACAGGUGAACAUAGUCUUAUCUUAGAGGUGGAAUUAAUAUUUUAGAAAAAUAACUAACAGCCAUGUUUAUUGCUGAUGGUUGAUGGGAUCUACUCUUCCUUGCAGAUCUCCACAGAGGAAGGCUGUGGCAAACACAAGUUCUGUUUCAGUAACCCUGCAGGCUGCAGCCCAAGCAACCCAAACUGUUACUUCAUGUCAUCCGCGGCAUUAGGGAGCGAUGCUUUCCAAUUUGAAAUAAGUGGACUUUCAGAUGGAUAUGUAGCCAUUGCCUUUUCUGAUGACACGAUAAUGGUGAGAUACUGAAUGAUUUUUUUUUUUUUUUAAAGAUGCUUAGGGUCUAACUAUAUUACUUUAAUGUACAGCGCUUGCAGCCAUGUCACAAUUAUUUUUUAAAAAAUGUAGCCCUAGGUGCAGCAAACAUGACAAAGGUAUUGUUGAGCUAAAGGUAAUAAGAGAAGAACAAGUUAAAAUUGUCUCAUUUUCAAUAGAAUUUCACUGGUGUUCACAUUGCAUUGGUUCUGCAUACAAAUCUGCAAGAUUUUAGUUCUUGCAAAAAUUGAAAGCGCUUUUUUUGAAAGCCCUAAACAUUAAGCAACCCUUAAAAAAACACAAGUAAGAAAAACUAUUUGUAUUGCGUUAUAUGUCGCUGAAAGUCAGCAGUGUUAUGUACUGAAGUUCUCACCCUGGGCCAGCAGGGGGAUACUGUAGAUAGUUUUCAUUCAAGUCCACAUAUGCAAAUAAGGGAGUGAAAGUGACGUUCAGUGAUUGGAUAGUUACAGAAGGUGUUACAGUUGCGUUGCAAUGGAGCUCUAUAUAAGCAGGCUGGCUGAACCCUUCAGUUCUGUUCUGUUCUGGCCUGUGAAUAAACGAGCUGUUGAAGAAUCGCUGUGUCGUCUGAUAUGUUCACCCACAACUUAACAAGCAGUCCCUGUGGUUAUGAAAGCAUAGAGCAUUUAUGGACCCCAGAGCAAGCAUGAAUGUAGGAACAUCGUAAGAUGCCAAAUACCAUCAUACCAUUGGUCCAUCUUGCUUAGUUUUCUCUAGGCUGAAUGGCAGUGGCUUUCCAGGGUACCAGACCACAUACCUGCCUUCCCCUUCCCCACCUCCAUUCAUUGUCGUCAAGGCUUCUUCUUCUGCAAUAUGCAUCCCAUACUCAAACCAGGUACACCUGGACGUAAGGUACCCUUAGCUAAACUGGCAGAUUUCCCGUGGGCUAGUGACAUUAGAAUAAACAAAUAUAGCGUGCACUCAUUCUGAAUAACAGGAGACUGUUGUGUAUCUUUUCCCAGGGAGAUGAUGAUGUUUAUAUUUGUGGUAAGAAUGGAACAGAUCGCAUAGAGGUGCAACACGCCUUCUCAACUGGACGUAGUCGUCCCAGCCCAAGGCCUCUGGUACUGGAAAUGUCUUCUGCUACCUUUGUUUUUUAAAAGUAUGAUGUGUGAAACUAUCAGGAGUGUGGGAAACCUGUACUCCAUGAUUUCUUAUUGGACGACAGCUCUCCUCCUUAAAAGUUGUAUUUAUUUAUUUAAGGCAUUUCUACACCACUUACUCACCAUAUUUUUCACCCCAUAAGACGCACCUGACCAUAAGACGCACCAAGUUUUUAGAAGGGGGAAUGCAAGAAAAAAAUACUCUUUAAAGGGAGUGCUGAGCAGAGCCUGCCCUUCUCCCUCCUCGGGGAAAAGCCCCCAAGAGCCGCACACACGCUCCACACGACUCUUUAAAGGGAGCGCUGAGCAGAGCCUCCCACCUGCAUUUGCUCCAUAAGACGCACACACAGUUCCCCUUACUUUUUAGGAUGGAAAAAGUGCGUCUUAUGGAGCGAAAAAUACGGAAUUCAUGUUUUUAUGUGGUGUACAUAAAAAAAAAUCCACAGAUAAUAAAACAAUACAAAUUCAUCAUAAUGCCAGACUGGGAGCACUGGCCGCAGGCAGUGGGAUUUGCAGUCAGAAGGCCCAUUGGCUGAAAUGAUUUGAUCUCUGCUUAAUAGGGCAAAGAUUAGAUGACGAGCAUCCCUUUCAGGGAAGUCAGUAAGCUUGAAGCCUAUGCCGGAAACACCCAGAGAUCGAUCCUUUUGUCUGAUGCUGGAAAUGCUAGUCAAACUAGUCAAACUGGAAAAACACGAGGGAAUAGUGCCUUUUCUUACUGAGUUGCAGUGGUGGGUUUUUCAAAGAAUGGGAAAGAAUAUAGGGGUUUUUUUUCAGGGGGGUUGAGGUGCAAUAAUGAUGAAUCUUCAGGAUUUGUAUAAACUCAUCCCUUUUUAGCUCUUUAUUAUAGGAAGAAGGCAGAUACACACAACUGUGGAUUGUAUUUCCACAAUUAGGUGAAAAGGCAGAGAUAUUAUAAUAGCAUCACAUUAUUUUACUUGAUUAUUAUCAGUUUAUUGAUUACUACUGUGUCUGUUUCUAUAAGUUUAUGUAUAAUGGUCAAAAUGACUGUGACAGAUAACUUUGCUGUGUGUGUGUUUAGGGUAAUGUGGACGUUCUGACAACAUCCUUCAGCGAGGGAAUUAUCAGGUGUUCUUUCAUUUCGAGAAACCCCAUAUCAACCCAGGCAAGAAGCACUGACAGUUUGUACUACAUAUUUCUGGCUUUUGGGCCAUCUCACGCUGAUGGUGAGUUCCACAUAGAAACUGGAAAUGGGGACAGUGUUUACAAGAGCAACUGCAUACAGAAUUCUGGAGCUCAAGGCUUAAAGAGCCUUAUUGUAGCAAAUGCCUUUACUUAUGAUAGCUGGAAGGCUUUUAUCGCUCCAAUAUGUGGGGGGGGGGGAGAAAUAAGGAUGAUAUGUUUCUGGAUAAUAUGUUUUGUUUUAAUUUUGAAUAAAAAGGAAGACCCAGUCAUCUUCCUUAACAUUGCCUGUACAGAACCUUCUUGCAUACUUGAGACCUGUUGACUACAGAGACCUGUUGAUUUUUAAAUACUGUUGAUAGCUUUGUUCAUGCAGGAAUUCAUUUUAUAGCAAGAGGCCCUGCGAUAACUAGUUCUUCUUCUUCUUUUUAAAAAAACCAAAAACUCUUGGAGGGACGAUACAGAAGCAUCCCAGGACACCCUUUAUUACUGAUCAGAAGGUGAACAUUUCAAGCUUUGCAGCAGUAGGUGGCACCAGUUCUAGACCCUUGAUAAUCAAAGCUCAUGGUAAGUAACUUUUCUGAGAGUGGAGUCCCAAAGUCUCUUCUUUCCAUUCCACCUCUUGCAGUACCUCCUGGGAGAGAUGCUCCCGGUGGGUCUUGGUCUUGUGGGUAGAUUCCGUACAUGUUUAAGUGAGCCUAGUUUAGUAGGGAUAGAUUAGUUGCUUCAUGUCUUUGUUUGUCGCUCCUCUCAAGCUCUGAUAGUGAUAAAUAAAUUACAUUGCGUGUUCAGACCCAAAAACCUCCCGCCUCAAUAAAUUCACACAUGACUCAAAUUUUGGUUUUGGUUUUUGGCAGAAUUUAGGCCACAACUUUAUUGAUUACAGAAAGUGACUGGUUGCAUAGGCUCUGGUUCGACUAGCUCCCUGCCAUGCAGGUAGCGCUGACCCAGGGUUCCAGCAUAGGUUGGCCAAGGGUGAACACCCGGAUGAGCGGAAAGCCGGGAACGGGCUAACUCCGCAACCCAAAUGUCCCCCUGGACUCAGGCACGGGCACAACUCCCUCUCAUGGGUUGACCAAACCAUUGAGUCUUUGGAUUCCUUUAAUGGAGUACCCUUCACCAUAAGGAUGGCAAGAGCAUUCUCCCAUCCCUAUCACCUGAACCAGAGCCUAUCCGCAACCUUACAAGUUGUGACGAUUUGCUACGCGGCAGGCGAAACCCAAAUGGCAACAGCCAAUCAGCCAAGUGGGGAAAUUCCUACCGUGCCCCUGUCCCAACGAUAGACGACACACGACAGCAUAGCAAGGUCAAGCACAAAGCCCCCAAAAUAGGGAGAGGUGGGUGGGUGUUCCCAAUGCACAUGCCAAAAGAGGAAGCUCUGGGUCACGUGCAUGGGUAUAUUUAGGUCCCUUGAUCCAUAUAGCUUGCGUCCCAUUGGCCUGAUUAAACCCAGCAUCAAGGGACCUACCAAUUGGGUGUUGUGGCUAUUCAAUUAAACCCACCCACAACACAGGGUUUUGUUGCCAGGUCUCACCGCUACACGUGCCCUCUUUAAGGAAGGACCUGAUUUAUCAUUAUCCUGCAUGUCCAUUUUAAUUUAAAAAAAUAAUUAAAAUUACUUAUUGUCCAUUCAUAUUUCCUUACAAAUAUUUCUAGAAUCCUGCUCAUGUAUUAAUCUGUGUACAUUCCUUCUGUAUAUAUGCAACGAAGUCCUUCCAGUCGUCUUUAAACUCAUUGUCAUCUCUUCCUCUUAAUUUCAAUGUCAAUCUUGCCAUUUCAGCAUAUUCCAUUAAUUUAACUUGCCAAUCUUCUUUAGCUGGGACACCUUCUUCUUUCCAUUUCCUACUAAGGAUCGAGCUGCUUGCUGAGUAAUUUGGGAGCUGCUUUAUCUUAUACACAUGGGUGGUGCAGUACCCUACGUCGCCUGUAAAAACAAAAUAAAGUACAUGUCAGUUUACUAGAGAAAUGGUACAUCUUCCAGAAUAGCUCCUAGAGUUUUGCCAAACAGAUAAUUUAUUUUGAUUAGUAAAUAUACGUUCUAUUUUUCUUGCGUUCCUUUGGCGUAGAAGAAUAAUGGGCAUACCAAUGUGUUUGUGUGACACAACAUACUGUACAUUUAUUUAUCUGCGGUACUUACAACGCCUCUUCAAUGGGAAAGAGCUCUCAGAGUGACUCACAACAAUCACAUAACAAGUUGGCCCCUGCCUUCAUGCUUAAAAUCUAAAGGAUAGAACACAAAAGGAUAGGAGAUUGGGGUGGAGGAGGGAAAACUCCCCCCCCCCCCCACUCUUGAACACUUAAUGAAAACCUUGUAAUUUUCGGGCAGGGAGCGGCUGAAGCAAAUUCCCUGGAGUUGCUCCUUCUCAGGCCACUGAUAAUUUGGUUUUUCUUUGUCUCCAUGUGUUUUCUUUGCUUCUGUUCUAAGGAGCCCUCAUGUUGAUCGCUUGGAUGACCACAGGCAGUGUGGGAAUGAUAUUUGCCAGGUACUUGAAGAAAUCCAUCAAGAAACCUCUCUUGGGUAAAGAUAUUUGGUUUCAGGUACGCACAUUAAUAGAUCCAUGGUUGGGUAGAGAGGACUGUUAGGUUGGCCCCUACGAACAGGGGACUACAGUAGUUUCAGCUGGUGAAAUCGCGUUCAAGCUUUGGGAUUGCGCAGAUCGUAAUAGAAGUGUGUGCACAUCUUCAGGUUUUUUUUUCUGAGUUCAAUGCAGCAGCAGCAGUAACCACAAUCCAACCACCGCCAUUUGUUCUGAUUCUGCGCUAAAGUUACUGUUUCUCCAGAGAAAAGAGGCAGAGCAAAUGGAGGUGUGGAUAAGCCCUCAGACUAUAUAUAUAUAUAUAUAUAUAUAUAUAUAUAUAUAUAAAAAUUAAUGAUACAAAUUUAAUUCCUCAUGUUAUUUACAACUAUUCUCCCUUCCCUCCUCUGGACUUCCCUCAACUCCCCCUCUGCUGAGUUAUUUAGUUUUAUUUAUCGUAUCCUUCUUUUCCUACACAAAAAUAAAAUCCCUUAUCAUUUCUCUAAAAUAUCUGUUACUCAAAUGAAGUUGUGAAAGUUUAUUCAAAUCCUGCCAGUGAAUCCAGUCCAUUCUGUUGUUUCUGCAAAUAAACUGUAAAUGAUUCCCAGACUCUUUUGAAGUCCUUUUUGUCCUUCUCUUGUAGUUUGUCUGUUAGCUUAGCCAAUUCUGCAUAGUUCAUCAGCUUUUCUUGCCAUUGUUCCUUUGAUGGUAUUUCUUCCAUCUUCCAAUAUUGCGCAAUUAAGAUUCUUGCUACUGUUGUACCAUAUAUAAAUAAUGUCCAUUUUUCUUUUGGUAGCUCUUGAUUUGAGAUACCUAACAAAAAGGCUUCAGGGUGUUUGACAAAAUUCAUUUUAAACAAUUUUUUUCAAUUCAUUGUAUAUCAUUUCCCAAUAUUUUUUAAAGCAUUUGCAUUCUCACCACAUAUGCUAAAAUGCUCCUUCCUUUUCCUUACAUCUCCAACAUCUGUUAUUUUCUUUCCUAAACAUCUUUGCCAUUUUCACUGGUGUGAUAUACCAUCUAUACAUCAUUUUCAUGUAAUUCUCUCUUAAUAGUAUGCAAUCUGUGAAUUUUAUAUCAACUUUCCAUAAUUUUUCCCAACUUUCAAAUUGGAUGUUGUGUCCCACAUCCUGAUCCCAUUUAAUCAUAACUGAUCUAACCCCUUCAUCUUUGGUUUCCCACUCUAAUGAAAUACUAUAUGCUUUUUUAAAACAAUUUAACAUUCUCUUCCACUAUUUCUUUUUGAAAUCUGGAGAUUGUAUAACUAAACCCCUUUUUAUUGUCUUCCUUAAAAAUUUCAUUUAAUUGCCUAAGGUGUAACCAACUUUGUAAAUAGUCUUUCAGCUCAUCAUACUUUUUUAGUUUGAGCUUACCUUCUUCUUCUGCUAACAACUCUCUAUGUGUCAACCAGCUUAUUUUUUUGGUCGACUUAAGUGAAAAUGCUUCAGUGGGUGACAGCCACCAUGGUGUUUUCCACUCUAACAGAUCUUUAUAUUUUCCCCACACUCUUAUUAAUGACUUUUUUAUUAUAUGGUUUGAAAAACCUUUAUGUAUUUUCCCUUUCCCAUACCAUAAAUAUGAGUGCCAGCCAAAUCUAGUGCCGUGUCCUUCUAGUUCUAACUUCUAACUCGUCUUCUUUUUCCAAUUUUAUCCAAUCCCUUAUCCAUACAAGACAUGCUGCUUCAAAAUACAAUUUCAAAUCUGGGAGAGAAAAGCCUCCUCUAUCUCUUAAGUCUGUUAGUAUCUUAUGUUUUAUCCUUGGUCUUUUCCCAUUCCAGAUAAAUUUUGAAAUAUCUUUUUUUGAAGGAUAUAUUGUUAUUUCUGAAAUAGAAAUAGUAUCUUUGGCAAAGCACUCAUCAUUAUUGCUGCAAUUUUCCUUAACGGGAAGAUUCAUCCUUCCCCAGAUUUCUAGAAGCCCUCAGACUUUUGAGUCUUACCCUGUUCUGCCUGUAGAUGGUGAAAGUGAAUUGGCUAUUUUAAAGAAGGAACCAAGGCCAUUGAGAGACUGUUGCCUCAUCUGUACUAUAUAUUUAAGGCAGUAACAUUCAACUUUCAACUGUCAUGGCUUCUCCCAAGGAAUCCUGGGUGUACCACAUUGAGAACUGCUGAUCUGUGAGGGGGAAUGAGGGUUAAAAAUAAAAAAUAAAAAUGGCUUUAUACAUAUCUAUUCUAUAUAAUGGCAAUAGACCAGUUAAUCCUUCACUUUUCACUGGUUUGUAAUCUAAUUUAAGCACAUUUUUUCCCUUUCAGAUCCACUUUUUGAUGAUGUUGUUAACUGUCGUGGCAACGGCAAUCGCUUUCAUAUUAAGCUUUGUGGCAGCAAACGGAUGGAGUGAAGUAAGUUUAGCUUUCCUUGAUUUCUACAGCACCUAGAUCCCUGCUGAACAACUUACUUUGAUGAAGGGUGAUGAAGGAGGCUGAUGAAAGAGCAGGGACCAAUUUGCUACCCCUCUCCAAAGCAGACUGCCAGCAGCCUAUAGCCAAAGCCAACAAGACAUGCAACACACAUACACUGUAAGACACCUCUGAGUUAGCAGCAGGGACCUACAUGGUAUCUUGAGGGUGCAGAAAGUGUUGGAUUUUUUUCAGCACAAUCCUCUGCAUAUUUACUCAUAAGCAAGCAUGCUUCUGAACUGUUCAUUGGGUAAAGGUAAAAGUAAAGGGGCCCCUGACCAUUAGGUCCCGUCACAGACGACUCUGGGGUUGCGGCGCUCAUCUUGCUUUAUUGGCAGAGGGAGCCAGCGUACAGCUUCCGGGUCAUGUGGCCAGCAUGACUAAGCCACUUCUGGCGAACCAGGGCAGCACACGGAAGCGCCGUUUACCUUCCCGCCGGAGCGGUACCUAUUUAUCUACUUGCACUUUGACGUGCUUUCGAACUGCUAGGUGGGCAGGAGCUGGGACCGAACAACGGAAGCUCACCCCAUUGCGGGGAUUCGAACCGCUGACCUUCUGAUUGGCAAGCCCUAGGCUCUGUGGUUUAACCCACAGCAUUGGGAGUUACUCGUAAUUGUGUGUUUUGUGAUUGCAGUUUAAAUUUGCCCAGAAUAGAUGUAUAUUAGACUUAAUAUCUAGAUAGCAAGCCCUGCAGUUAUGCAUUCUAUGCCAUUCAUUCAAGUGGUUUUUAUAUAUAUAUAAGAAUUUGCUGGAUAUUUAAUUACAUUGGAUUAUUUAAAUACGAUCACUCGACCAAAAUGUGCUUCUGCAUCAACAUUUCAUCUCCUAAUUCCCCUGUCCCCAGGCUUUGAUUAGUCUGCAAUUAAGUAUGGGCGGAUGCACAGUUUUUGUUGUUUUUUGCUUGCAUUGAUUGGUAAGUCUAUUCUGUCUGACGUCCAUGCAGCAGUUGUUGUUUUUUUUUAAAGGAAACUUCAUCUAAAAAUGCCCCGGAAAUGGCGGCAUGAUAAGAGAUGUCAAACCUUCCUGAGUGACUGUACAGAGAAAUAGCUGACUGACCACUUCUACUUAUGGUCGGCAGCUACCUUUUCCGUUAUACAAUGACCGCUCCCCACAUUAAAUGGGGGCGCCCUUUGUGUGGUCGUGCACAGCCCCCUGGACCCUAUGUGGCACCAUUAGCACAGGCUUGGCUUCGCCUUCCCCAGGUGGGAUACCUGGAGGUCUCCGCCUACCUCAGCCAGUUGCCCAAUCCCACCUGGGGAGGCGUUGCCAAGGUGAUCAGGCCAGGUAGGGGGAGGGACUACCUGCCCACACAAUAGGGGGAGGAUCUUACCUGGGAAUUGUCAGUUGGGAAUCUUCCGUUAUACAAUGUUCUUUGCCUCCCCAAGGUCCCUUUGGAAGGAUAUUGUAUGCGAACAAGGAUUUCCUACAAGAAGAAUUAAGAUGCAGCCUUUUCUAAAGGAGAGGUGCUUCCGUAGCAUUUGCAAAGCGUAAAUAGGACUCAUACCCUUUUCUCUCUGACAGAGUGCAGGAGCUCAUGCUGUUAUUGGAUGCAUUGUCACGAUUCUCUCUUUGAUUCAACCAGCCAUAGCUUUUUUCCGACCUUCUCCUCAAGAUAACCGGUCAGUACAUCAAAUGUAAUUAAUGAGGUAAAAAGAAAUAAAUGCUUCCUUGAAUUGCAGAAGCAUUAUACGCUAAACGGGCAGAACAGUUACAGCUGGAUGCUAGCUACUUCAGAACUGCCUUUGGAAGAGGAAAAAUAUAUUCAUCAUAAGAUCUCAGGGAGGUUCGCAGAAGCUACCCUUUCCCAUUAUCAUUUCAGAAGCACUGGAAUUAUAGGGUUUUCUUGAUUUUUAAUUGUGCUGAGCAAAAUUGUAAAUACAGAAAAGUGUUAUUUUUAGCCAUUUAUUUCUCAUAGCCAGGGCUUUUUUUCAAUCAGAACUCACUGGAGUUCUGGCACCUUUUAGGGGUGUUCUGGCACCUGUUUUGUGAGCUACCUGCAUAGCCACUGAGCAACCAAAAUCAUCAAAUGCCAACAGUGCCCUUCAGCUCUCUAUAUUGGACAAACAGGACAAUCUUUACGCCGAAGGAUAAAUGGACAUAAAUCUGACACCAGGAAUCAUAAAACAGAGAACCCAAUAGGAGAACACUUCCAUUUCCCAAGAUCUUAAAGUAGCUGUCUUAUUGCAAAAGAAUUUUAGAAAUACACUUGAAAGAGAAGUUGCUGAGUUACAACUCAUUACCAAACUAAAAACUAUGGAGAGACCUGGUCUGAAUAGAGAUAUUGGAUUCAUGUCCCGUUAUACACGCUAAAGCUAAUUUUGGUCAUCUAUCCCUUCAAAAAUCCCUUGCCCUGUGGAACCAACUGCCAUCAUUAACAGUCAUCAACAGUUAUAAGGUUGUAGCGACCUCCGUUUCAGAGUAUCUGAAGAAAUGUGUAUACACACGAAAGCUCAUACCUAGAAAGCUUAUACUUAGUUGGUCUUUAAGGUGCUACUGGAAUUAUUUUUUAUAAUUUUUUGGGGGGGGAAUAUUCUUUUAAAAACUGUCUUAAGACAAAAAGACUUGAUUCUCUUAAGGGAGUUCUUUUUGGAUCAUCUUUUAAUAAUUUUUUUUCUUUCAUCUUGUUAUUUAUUACAACCAAAACCAGUUCACAACCGUAUCUGGGAUUAGGCAAAGCUAAUGGGGCUGAAGGCAAGGCCUUGGCACUUCUAGAACUAGAUAACAAUGAGAUCCUGAUUCCAUAGCUCUGUAUUUUGCCAACUGUGCAGUGUGCCAGGAGUAGCAAUGGAAUUCCUAGCACAGGGCAUGGAUGGUGGCCAGCUUGCAAGAUCUUUUUGGCACCCAAUGUGGAAGGUGAAUCUGAGUUGGGGAAUCUGUGCUACCCUCCAGAAGUUCUUGGGCUCCAAUUGCCAUCAGCCCCAGUCAGCAUGGCCAGUGGUUAGGGGUGAUGGCAGUUGGGUGUCCAACCAUGUCUACAGGGCCACAGGUUCUUCAGUCGUGUGAUAACUCUUUGUGUCUAUGCGUAUGUAUGUUGGGGAAGAGGGACUAGUAGGUGUCUUGCAUGCUCUCUCCCUUACGCUCUCCCUGUGAGAUGUACUGUAAGUGGCUUUAAUUCUGCCCCCCUCUGACAGCAUUGUCAGAAUCACUGCUGUGUAACUCAAGCCUUUUAGCUAGGCCCGCUGUUGUUGACGACAUCCAGUGCCAACCCCUAUUGCAUUUGGGAAAGAUAAUGCUUUGCUCUGGUGCAGUGCCUUUAGGACUUACAGAAAACAAAUCUGGAAUGUGAAUUGAAUACACUGGUGUGCCUAAAAAGAGGCCUGCUGGAGCAGAAUAAAGAGCCAUCUCAUUCAUCAUUGUGUUUCAUGCAGAGACCAGCCAGAAACUUUAUAGGAAGUCCUCAAGCAGAACUUGAAGGCACCAGCAUUCGCUGCUGUUGCACCCCACCAAUUUGUAGUCAGUGGCACAUGCCCUCUGAACAUGUUUCAGUAGGCUAACAGCAGCAUGGCUCUGCUCCAUUUCCCCCAGUGGCAGCCAUAGGUGUGCUAGAUGAGUUCUCCACCUCCUAUUUAGUGGAACUGAACCUUACUGCCCUCUCAAAGUCUGUUCCGCCACAAGGAGAAUGCAAUGGACAGAGUAGGCAUGAUGUAACCAGCUGAUGUUUACUCCUUGGGAGAGCAAAGAUAUCUAACAGUGUUUUGCAUUGCACCAACAGGAGGUUUAUUUUUAAUUGGUUUCACAUGCUAAACGCAUUAGUCAUCAAAGUUUUGGCAGGUAAGUGGAUGGGUGCUUCUGUUGUAACUUACAAGUAGGAUGCUCGUUUCCCACUGAGGAAGGCAGUCUAGAAAGGCACAAGGCUUAGAUGAUGCUGCACAGAAUGAGAUGCCACCCACCUCAGUAAAAUUAGGUCGGCAGCUGGAGUGGAAUGUGAACACCCUAGUCCUAAGGACACAUACUGAGAAACUCCAGCAAUAGGUAGAUACCUGGAACACAAUAGCAGGUAAUAUACAUAAGCAAAACUUGGCAUGACUUAGCUCCAAACAUGUCUGUUCAAAAUCAGGCUGCAGGGAAUCUCUGUUUUUGUUUUGAACAAGAAAGGUUCUAGCUUUGCAUUGUUCAGAGAAACCUAAGUACAAGUGGGCCAUUUCUGUUGCAAGGGCUCCAGGUUAACGUUUGCAAAAGUCAGACAGGACAUACUGUAUACCCAUAUUACAGAGAUAAUGGCAUAACUGUAUUUUUACUUCUUAUUUUCUGGGAGUCCUGCAAAUUCUGUAGACUGGGGAGGAAUCUUCAGACUAUGGAAAGGCCUGACAGUUUUAAGUGGUAAAAAAACCCAAUGUAUGUUUAUAGGGCAGUAUUCAACUCACUCUUUGCCUGUGUAGAAGACCUUUUGCUUGUACAAGGCUUGUGCCCUUUCCUGUAGAAUGGGCCUCCUAAUUUUGUUCUGGAGUUUUCUCACACACACACCCCGAGCAGAUUUGGGGAGGGUGCAGGGCAUGCACAGAGAGAGGUGGAAACAUUCUCAUUGUGCAAGCGGAAGUCAUUCCACGUGCGCAAAGUGUUAGCUGAACACUACCCAAAAUAUAAAAAUCCAAGGAGGCAGGAUUUCAGGGACACUUUAUGAACCCGGUGGGGAUGGUGAUAAAACUUCUCUUGUACCAUUUGCGCCCUGUAGCUGGGGGACGAAAUGUAUUGAAUAUUGCGCCUAGUUUUUUUAAAUUAUUAUUAAAAAUAACCAGCCAAUGUGUCUCCAACAGGCUAUUUUCCCACAUGCGUUUGUAGGUGCUUCCAGAUGCUGUGGUAUCAGUGUUCCUCAUUCAUGCAACAAUGUUCACACAAUGUCAUGGAUGCCAAUAUGCUGCCCCUAAAUCUCCCCCACCCCAUUUGAUUCAGAUUUUAUCUUUGCAAGGAAAAUUUGAUGUUAAAAACAACAACGGCCCAACCCUGUUCCUAAUGACUCUUUCGUGAUAGGAUAGCAACCUGUUUGUGGUGUUAAGUUUCCAUUUGGAUCAUGGAAAGGUCAGUCAUCUAAUGCCUCGCCUCUUCCUUCUUUAGUUGCCGCCAUAUUUCUGGGACUGCGAAUGCUCAGCAGCUCUCCUAGCCAAUGGAUGGUUAAAACAAUGGGAGGCUUUGUGGCCUGGGAAGUCUUAGCUGCUAUCCUGAUGGAUGUAACUCUGUGGUUGAAAAAGAAAGGUGAAGCUUGAUUCGGAUCUAUGUAUAAAAAGCUUUUCUUAACAAAGCACGCAAGUAGGAAUUAAUAACAUUCCUGUUUUUUGUUUUGCUUUGUGUUUUACAGAAAUGUAUGAAGAUUCAAACACCAAGGUAAUCUUUUUGUUCUUGCAGUCAUUAUCAGUGUUUUGUUUUCUUAGAUUUCUACUUGAGUGGAAGCUCUAAACCAGAAGGUUAUUGGGAAAACCAAACAAUAUUGAAAAUGUUGCUAGCUAACUCUAUGUAUGGGGUUCCGAUCCUCCUCCAUCCCACUUUAAGGAACCCUCCAGGCAUUAUUUUUAUUAUGCAUGUAUUAUGAUUUGUGCUCAAGAGAGUAUUGGAGUGCUUAUAUGUGCACCUGCAAAAGUUUGGAGGCAGUUAUACUACUUUGUUUCCAGUCGGUGUGCAUCCUGUAACUUCCUGUUGAAACCUUGCAAUCACAAAUAUUCUGGCAUUUAUUUAUUUAUUUGGCCUGCUUUUGUUGCGCUAUAGCACAUGAGUGCCCUUCCAGACAGCAAGAAUCCAACAACAUUGGGGCAGCAUCACAGAAAAACUAAUAAUGUGGAAUGGCAUGUGGACAGUCCAGUAUAAACCCACCACUAAUGCAGUAUUAUUGCAUCAAUGGCAUUUUGCAGAAUAAUACCCCCCCCCAAAAAAAGUCUGGAGGAAGCCUUAAAAAGCUAAGUUGCUUCAAGAAGGGGGCAGGUGAUGUUGACAAACUUGCCAGGCCACAGUUAUUAGGUCUUAUCUCUUUUUUAUGAACAUCGAUGAGCCGUUCAAAAGGAAUACAGUGGUACCUCGGGUUACAGACGCUUCAGGUUACAGACGCUUCAGGUUACAGACUCCGCUAACCCAGAUAUAGUACCUCGGGUUAAGAACUUUGCUUCAGGAUGAGAACAGAAAUUGCGCAGCAGUGGUGCAGCGGCAGCAAGAGGGCCCCAUUAGGUAAAGUGAUGCUUCAGGUUAAGAACAGUUUCAGAUUAAGAACGGACCUCCAGAAUGAAUUAAGUUCUUAACCUGAGGUACCACUGUAUAGUGAACAGAUCUUUCUCAUGGAAGAUCUCAAACUGUAUAUCACGUAGAGAUUGUGAUUAAGCUGCGUACAAACUGCGUAAAUAAAAUUCAAAAACGUAUUAACUGUUAAGCAGAAUUUUCAUUGUUUUAAUUUUGUUUCCUUUCUAGGUGAAAAGUGAGGUGAUACUGCUGCUGUUGUACCUGUGUGGCAACCUGGCAUUUUUAAUAGCUCUGCUUAUAGGUAUUGGAAGUUCUUAAAAUCGGUUUCCCAUUUGGAGAAAAGAAUGAAAAUGGCUUCUGCUCUUUUUCUACCCAGACAGAAAUUUCCAACCUCCUCUGUGCAAUUGUCUACCUGGAUGUACCGACUACUUGUUGAAAGGCAUCAACACUGAUCAUGAAAGUUGUCUGAUAAUGAUUCUAAGGGAAACUAAUUUACAAAUGAAGCCAAAUAUGGCAGAUGCAAGUUGUGAGUGUGUUGACAUGAAAUGCAUCUUUAGUCCUGACCAUUUUUGACGUACCUGAUCAACAUUUGGAUAUUGGUAGGGUUUCUUUUUCAAGCCAUGACAAGAGAAACUCUCCCCCUUCUUUUGUGAUGCCAUCUUAAUCAGUUAUUCUGUUACUUUAAAUUUAAGGCUGGAUUUACAAUUUCACUCUCAGACAAAUUCUAAGUACUACAGAGGCUUCAUUAGUACUCCCCUUAACUUGACAAAUGCAAGUACAAUCAACACGCUCUUUCUGCCACACUGAGGCUGCAACCCUGCAAACAUUUAUUUGCAAGUAAACCCUACUGGCUGCUUUGGAAUGCAUGUCUGAUUAAGACUGCAGUGCCUGUGUGGUCAGCUGCAUGGAGAUAAACACAGAUCUCUCGCCUCUGCAGACUGCUCCAUUCAUUUCAGAGGAAGAACACAAUCUGUGGUCACAUUUCUUGACAUGAGUUGUGCUAGGGAGCUCUUUCCUCAGUGAACAAUUACUGGAGCACAGCAUAUAUUUAAUUAUGACAAUCCCCCAAUUAAUCACAUUACUCUCUUAAUGUUUUCCCCCAUGGUUUUGCUGUCCUUAAAUUACUGAUCUAGUCCAGCAACUAUUGGCAAGACCUUGGAUCGUCCCAAGCUGCAAAUGUUUUGUCACAUUUUACAACUCUGUGCCAGUGUUCAAAAACCGUUAGCAAUAGAAAGAUGUUUCACAUGUAACACUAAUCAUGAUAGCUGUUGAAGCACAGAUUUAUGAAUUUAGAAUCCAUUUGGCUCUGCAGUCUAAAUGCAAUACUGGCUGCCUGCCCCUUACCUGAGCCUCGUUCUCUGUUCUUCAUCCUGCUCCUUGCUGCUUGCUCACUCCAGCCAUCCAGCACAGAAGAGAUGACUUCUUCUUUUUGCCUCCCACAUGCCUGCAUUGCGUUAUUUGCCUUCAAUCUGCAAUCCUCAACAAUGUCCAAGGGGAAUUUUGUGGUCUUCCUCCACAAGACAGCACUUGCUGUUUAGCCUCACCCCCCACCUGUCCCUGAAUACAUAGAAUCAUAAAAUUGUAGAGAUGGAAGGGACCCUGAGGAUCAUCCAGUCCAACCCCCUGCAGUGCAGGAAUGUGCAUCUGUCCCAUAUGGGGAUCGAACAUGCGACCUUGGAGUUAUCAGCACAACACUCUAACUGAUUGAGCUACCCAUCCUAUUCUCUUCUUGGCAACAGUGGCCAGAAAGAGGGGAGGAGAACUCCAUCCCCCCACCCCUGGGUUGUUGACAGCCCCAGUGGGAACAGUCCAUUUGGCUAUGUAGACCUUGGCCUGCUCCAGCAUGUUAAUUCUUACGUCUGUAAUAAUCCAAAGCAAAACAGCAGCAUCAAUGUUACGAUCAACUUUUGUAGUAUUAUUAUUCAUAUGCUGAUUUUUAAAUAUUCCUUUUGUACUGUUCAGAUUUUAUAUGAUUAAAUGCAAUUCUUUUUGGAUCUGUUGAAAUAAAAGUCUCGUUGAGCGACAAGCGGCAUUCUCUCUUGCAAAUGCAAGCAGGUCUUCUGUUUUCCUACAACUUCCCUACACAAACAGCUCAGAGAAGCUCAGAAAGCUUGGUUACAACUCUUCAGGAUUUGGAGAGUUGCUGCCCAGGAUGUUUGGUAUCUGAUGCAAAGAAUAAGAAGGAGCCCCUUCCUGGUCCACAUACAGAUUGCAACCCAAACAGCCGUUGAAUCUUAACUUCAGCACUGAGAUCAACACUUGAGGCCAGCAGCCUAGUUUAGGGGGCACAGGGCUUACGAGUUCAAGGUGCUUGGGGGCAGUGGUUGGAGCAAUUAUUGUUACCCAAUUCCCCCACCAAGCACAUCCAUCGCUGCACUCUGCCUAAUAGUAGGGUCAGCCCAGUCAAGGCUGUAAGGGCAGGUGGGACAACUGGAGUCCUUCCUCUCGUUCUCACCCAAGUUGCUAUGGAGGAGAGAAGGGAAAAUAGCAGGAACUUUCCAUCUCUUCUUUCCAUAGCAGUAGUUCACUAUUACAGUGGUACCUCUGGAUGCAAACGGGAUCUGUUCCGGAGCCCUGUUCGCAUCCUGAAGCGAAUGCAACCCGUGUGUGCUCAGGUCGCGAUCCGCCACUUCUGUGCAUGCGUGUGACGUCAUUUUGAGCGUUUGCGCGAGCGGCGAAACCCGGAAGUAAUGCAUUCCGUUACUUCCGGGUCACCGCGGAGUGCAACCCGAAAAUGCUCAACCUGAAGCAACUUUAACCUGAGGUAUGACUGUAUUUAUUUAUUAUUUUAUAAAUAUUUAUUAUUAAAAUCCAAUAUAAACCACAUUUUACCAAUGUCAAAUUACAAUUCAAAUUCAAAUAUAUAUCAAUUAUAAAGCCAAUUAUACAUUUGUAUGACUUCCUGCGUGCUAGAUUUCAAGGUGAGAUGAUUUUAUUUCAUCCUGCUUCCGAGUCUUAAUUAAUCCAAUUACAUUCAGUUUUGAUCUUAAUCCCUUAUUGACAGCUACAGAGUUUUUGACUUCCAUUCAAAUUAACACAUUCAACAAUUCCUCCCCCGCAAGAGGAGUUCUAUAUCCCAUAUAUUUCCUGUGUGUGGUGUUGAUCUUACCCAUAUUGUUUCUUCAUUCUUCACUAUUUUUUAAACCUGUUUUCCCAGGUGAAAUAUAUAAAGCUGUGAGAAGAGGGAGCCAGUAUUGACUACGAAGGGACAAGCCUGGAAACGAAAGUGAUUUUUUAUUAUUCUCUUCUGUUUUGUAGCCUUUGUUGUAUAGGGCUGGGAAAGAAUCGCCGGCUGUCCCCCCAUUCCUUGGAGGACUACUAAAAGUCAGUGUAGCAACACUGGGCCUUGGUGGGCCAGUGAUCUGAUAAUACAGAAUUGUAAGGGACCGUGAGGGUCAUUUAGUCCAACCCCUGCAAUGCAGGAAUCGUUUUGCCCAACGUGGCGCUCGAACCCAGGACUCUGAGAUUCAGAGUCUUAUGCUCUGCUGUCUGAGCUAUCCCACAGGAUAUAAGGCAACUUGAUCUGCUAAUUUCUAGAGAACCACAGCACAUCCUUGAUGAGGGGGGAAAUGGACAAACCCUGAAAUAGGAUGAAGAUUCCUACACUGUGCAUCACUUCUCUUCCUCCGUUGGUAAGACAGGAGACCCCUUUCAUAAUUUGCCUUCCAUCCAUGGCCAUUAAAAAGCUAACACAAUAAUGAUUAUAGGUAUUCGCUAUUGUUUGUACCAAUCAUUGUUGCCUCAUUGCAUAGCUUGCUGGCAACCUCACAUCCUCCAGGCCAAGGAAGUAGUAAUUGCUGGCAUUCAUGUGUUAAAUACAGAUAAUUAGCAAUCUGUUAUAAUCCGCUGACAGAAGGAGCUCUCCUCUUAAAGUAUCUACAUUUUGGGCUUCAGAUUAUGUUAAAUCUGGUCAACAAUAUCAUGAGCACAGAACAAACUGUUGAUGUAUUAUGUGCUCUUUUCUGCAGCUACAGAGAACUUUAUACGAGCUCACAAUGUUAUUAUUUCUCCCUCCGCUGUCCCUGCGAAACCUCUCUCGUAUGGAGUUGCUGUUAGUCAGUACCUUAUUUUCUUGCCAUUUCUUUCAUUUCCUCAGAUGUACUGGGACUUUUGAUAUCUGGAAAACAGAAAAUCAGUACUAUUUAGGGGGUUGAGAACAGCAAUAUUCAAAUUAAGGUAGUGGAGAGAAUCGAAGAAUUGUAGAGAUGGAAGGGACCCUGAGAGUCAUCUGGACCAACCAACUGCAAUGCAGGAAAAUGCCUCUGACAACCUGAGACAGGUUGAGAGUGUAGGGAUCUUGAAGUUACUGGUUCCAGCAUCCAGAGCUGGACCAGCAGGAUAAUGUGUAGGGAAGUUUUCAGUCUUUGAUGUUUUAUUAUAUUUGUUGGAAACUGGGCAGAGUGGCUGCAGCAAUCCAAUCAGAUGGCCUGGUUAGUUAAAGGUAAAGGGACCAUUAGGUCCAGUCGUAGCCGACUCUGGGGUUGCGGCGCUCAUCUUGUUUUAUUGGCCGAGGGAGCAGGCGUACAGCUUCCGGGUCAUGUGGCCAGCAUGACUAAGCCGCUUCUGGCGAACCAGAGCAGCGCACAGAAACGCCAUUUAUCUUCCCGCCAGAGCGGUACCUAUUUAUCUACUUGUACUUUGACGUGCUUUCGAACUGCUAGGUUGGCAGCAGCAGGGACCGAGCAACAGGAGCUCACCCUGUCACGGGGAUUCGAACCGCCAACCUUCUGAUCAGCAAGUCCUAGGCUCUGUGGUUUAACCCACAGCGCCAACCGCGGCCUGGUUACAAAGAAUAAAAAUACAACCAUCAUCAUCAUUAACCCAUCCUUCUUGAUACAGCAAAUGUAGGGCAGCCCACAGGACAGAGGGUUGCUGCUGUCGCAGGAACGUUAGGGAUUCACAUGCCAGUCUCUGAGUCUGUCACCUCUGCAGCAGGAAAACUUUUGUUGGAAAAAAAUAAAUCCAAAAUAUUAUCAAAGACCAAAUCACCGUAAUAGUGUCUCAUCGUAUCCCGCUUGGUGGAACGGAGGACUGCAUUCAUCUAUUUUUGCAGCUGCCCCAUGCUAAAGAUGGCCAGCAGGACCCCAGAGAACAUUUUCUGCAGGGUCGGGGUGUCUGAGGGAGCCCAGCACCCCUAUAAAAGAAAUGGCAAAUAAUGUUAUACUGAGGAGGAGAAGAAGGCUAUGCCCCUUGGAUGGUAUCCAACAUUACACGACUGGACUACCCCUUCUUUUCCUCCUGAGGAAAUAAAGAAUGCCUUGGGAGUGAACAUUGACCCAUACUGCUGAAAUUAUCUACAUCCACAGGUUAAUCCUGUUCAAAAUUUGAAUGAGCAUUUUUGCUGAUGUAGGUCUCACAUUCUCACUGAAAACUAUUCAAAACAAGAAGCAGGAGCAGCGCUGUGUUAAAAAUUGAUUUAAUGGCAGGGUCAGUUACAAUUGGCCAGUUCUGACUAGGAAGUCAAACUGGGUUCUUUCAGUCAGCUUUGUAAUCUUACCAAUGCAUUCAUAACCCUAUAUUAAUAAUCCACAUCUUUAUAAGAAGCAACUGGAUGACUCUAUUGAAACAACAGCUAUUGAUCCGUGCUGUAACUUAACAUAAACUUGUGUAAUACAGCACAAUUUGCUUGGGCUUCCUUGUGUUUCCAAGCCGCACCUCUUGGCAGUCAUGUCUUAAAAUUAAGACAUAGUGACACUUGGCUGGACAUGCCUCAAAGCACUUUCAAUGAAACUGAUUUUGGAGCCAGCAGAGCACAGGCUGAAUAUCAGGAUAAAAAUGACAGAAAGCCAAGUUGCCCUGUGUUCUUCCUUUGGAAACAAUGAUCUGGUAUCACCUGAGCGAUUGCAGCACAGGAUGGCAAGUGAUGGAGAGAUAAUAGGUUUUGUACACAGUGGCCACACACCCAGCUCUUCUCAUUCUGCAGGGUUGGCAAGUAAGUCAUCUUGCCUCCAAGAGUCCUGCUUGCGCAGCACAGAGGCAACCUCCCCACUUAACAGGGAGGAGGACAUCUACUCUACUUAUGUGUCAGGCUGUCGGGCAAGGCUUACCUUCCGCCUCUCUGUAGAUAACAGCACAAAGCGAAAGCAGUCUUUUGCAGCAACAGAGAGCUUUAUUGAACACAGCACAAACAUUCAGCAUCCAUUUUCGCCGUGCAGGUGCUCCCAAUUGAGUUCCUCCCACUUCCCUCUAGUUACUUCCGUCUUCCCGUCUCCUCACCACGUGAUCCCUCCACCACUGAGCCUUCUGAGAGGCUGCCCUAUCCAGACGCCUGGCUCUCAGGCUCAUGGGAUGCAUACUUUCUAGUGAGGGAGAAUCAACCAUCUCUCUCUCUUCCUGUUCCUCUUCCCUUGCUUGCUCUUCUCCCAGCUCAGCCCAACUGUCAGUUCCCAAACUGUGUCCUUCCACGAACCAUUGCUCUAGGUCGAUACUAUCCUCCUGCUCCAGAGGAGCUUCAGGAUUAGGCCCUUGAGCAGAGGGAGAGGGGGGCUCCCACCAUUCUUCCUCAGAGCAAUACCCUUUAGUCUGGUUCCUGACAUCAUGGGAUGAGGCAUCCAGCUUACUUAGUUAUGAUGAUGUCACAUGAAGGUCAUACUCUUUACUUGGCUUUUUUUCCAACCGGAACUUGCCAGAACUCAGUUCCAGCACCUCUUAGCUGGGCGCCAUUGGCAUUCUAAAAGAAUAAGGGAGGUGGUCAUGGUGAGUUCCGGCACCUCUUUUUCUAGAAAAAUAGCACUGCUCAUAAGGUCCAACUUGCAAAAGCUCAAGUACAUGGAAUAAUAAUAAUAAUAAUAAUAAUAAUAAUAAUAAUUUUAUUUAUACCCCGCCCUCCCCGGCCAGAGCUGGGCUCAGGGCGGCUAACACCAGUAAAAUUACAGUAAAAACAUAAUGUGGGGGGAAAACAAUUUAAAAUACAGGUUAAAAAUACAAUUUAAAAUGCAGCCUCAUUUUAAUAAUAGCCCAUAGAUCAAAACCAUAAGGGGAGGGAAACAUAAGGGUCAGUCUGAGUCCAAACCAAAGGCCAGGCGGAAUAGUUCUGUUUUGCAGGCCCUGCGGAAAGAUAUCAAGUCCAGCAGGGCCCUAGUCUCUUCUGACAAAGUGUUCUUCCAAGUCAGGGCCAGUACAGAAAAGGCCCUGGCCCUAGUUUAGACCAAUCUAACCACCUUGCGACUUGGGACCUCCAAAAUGUUGUCAUUUGUGGGCCUUAAGGUCCUCUGCGGGGCAUACCAGGAGAGGCGGUCCCGUAGGUACGUGGGUCCAUGGGCUUCUGCAAGUUUGUUAUAUAUAUAUUUUGCACAGGGUUUACAGGGUGUUAGGGGAGGGGUAGUAACUCUAGUAGAGGGCACGUCAUACUCCUUCUGGGGUAGUUUGUUCACCUAUGGUCCCCACUCAUCUUUCACUUGUGGCUCCUAGAAGCUGUCAGAAUGGGACAGUGGCCACACCAUGGGAAACAGCUUUGACUCCAGCUAAAUCAGAUGAGGUAGCCAAUGGGUUAGGGACUUGGUGAGUUAGGGACUUUCCUUGCAUGCGUAAACAGGAUCUGGCAGAUUGAGCAACCACUAGCAGGCCCAACAGUCAAGAAAGCAGUUUCUGCAUGUGCUGUAGGGGGAAGUGAUGUGGCUCGUCAACCUGGGAAGAUAGCCCAUCUAGGAGAAGGAAAACUGACCCUAAACCUCCACUGCCUUUUGGCAUAUCUUCGGGAGAGGAAUAACCCACAGGGUACAUGGCUUAUGUGUUUGGGGAAGGUGUUGACUGCUCUGGCUAACAGCUGCUAUAGCAACUUACGAACUGAUGUCAGCAACAAUUGUCUUCUGUAAGCGCUAAGUAAGUCAUCCCUGUUAAAAUUAUGAUGCAUCCUUGAAGCUCACAGGCACCCAUUGAAGAGGAAAUACUUAUGACUUUAUGUGCACCUGAUUGCAGCAGGUAGAGCUCUUGCAACAUUUCCUAGAAAAGGCGAUCCUGGUUCCUUCCUUUCAGCAGAACUGUCCCUUAUGUUUCAAAAAGGUUUCUUUGUACUUGAAGAAACAAAGCUUAUCCAAUAGAGUUCAUUCAGCUAGGAACACUACACAGACUCACUCUUCUCCCAACCUGGUGUCUUCCAGAUGUUUUGGACCACAACUCCCACUUUCCCUGGCUGGGGCUGAUGGGAGUUGGAUUCCGACAACAGCUGAAGGGCAUCAGGUUGGGGACACGGUCAUUUGGGGAGCAUGGGAAAGCUGACAUUUAAAGGAAAGUGAGAAGUAACAUGGUCUCUGCUUCAUCAAAAGAAACCUGUAGGCUUUGAUCCAGAAACACACAAAUCCUCACACACUGCAGCUAGGGUUGCUGUUCCAAUUCAAGCCAGGUCAGGAGAAAGGCACCAACCUGCUCUUUUGAGGAACGAAAGCCUACAGAGACUAAAUCCAAUUCCCAAACAGCUGAAUGGCAUUGCUGCCAAUAUUCUCUUACCAGGAUUAUGUAGGCUGAGCUGCAAAAAACCAGUGUCCCCUCCCACAGCCAUUCCUGGGUGGGCUCACUGUUUUUAGGAAGCUCACUUCACACAUCAAACUCCAUUUUGUAGCUGCACACCCCUAAGGUAUUUACCACAAGCUCAAAAUAACCAUAUGCUGCAAAGCUGUUUUGUAACGGCCACAUGAUUUACACCUGUGCACAACCCCAAAAGUAUGAGUGGAUUGUGGAUACAAAACCCCCCCAACAACAACACUUGAGUAAAAUGUGAGAAUUAGGGUCAAACCAGACAUUGGAAGAGAUGUAGAUUAGUUCCUGUGAUGUCCCUUCCUUGUAACACCUGACAGAAAAUGGCACAGAUUAGUAGUAAAUGUUGUAUUUAUUCACAUCCUGCCUUUUUCCCUGUCUGGGACUCAAGGUGGCUUACAGCUAAAAUAGAAACAGCUUUAAAGUUGUCAGUUUUGGGGGUACAGGUUUGCUCUAUUUCCCCACUGUGAGGAGAAAGACUUUGGGAAGUUGAAAACAACAUAACAAAGCUGAAGCUUUGAUUUGAUUUGGCAAACUGUUAAGCAGUAAAUGCAGUUCAAGCAAUUUUAAAUAUUAACCUUUGCAGAUCACAGAAGGAAAGAAAGUGUCUUCAAGGUCAGGGAAAGAAUGACUACUGCCAUAGAUGAUUUCAUUUGCCAUGUGAUAAUUUCUGAGGUGGAGGCUAAGGUGUCAUUAAUGGGCUGUUCUCCAUCCUCUGCCUUCUGACAGGUUGAGCCACCCAGUUCUUCCCUGCUAUUUGUUACAUUGCUCUCAGAGUCCUACACUACAAGGUUGCAGGACAGAGCCACAAGUACCAAGGCUGACCAGAAACAGGAUUAUUAAGGUAGGUUGCUGGAAUUCUAAACAGUUUCCCCUUGUACCAUUGAUUUUCAUAGACAGUGAAUUGUACUUAAUGGAAUGUCUUGACUGAAAUGUUUUCAACUGGAGAAUAAAGCCAGGCUUUGAUAUUGAACCCCGAUAGGUGGACCCAAACUGGCUUGUUCGGGUUGUAUUUUAUUCAGAAAGUAAAGUUUGGGAUGGAAAAGUGACAUAACUGAGUGUGUGUUUAAGGUAUUUGUUGUUACUAUUAACUGAGGGGUUAAACCAAGAUGUUGAGGAUCAAAUACACUUACCUAUGAACUUGGUAGCUGAGAAAAGUUAAUGCAGAUAAUGUAGGCUUAUGGUGUAUAUAGUCCUAUGAAGUCAAGCCAAGUUAAAUGUGAAGACUGAUGGGCAAUUGGGCAUACAUUCUGUUAACAGCAAGAGAAAGAAUAUGGAAACAUACAGUUCAUUGAAGGAAGAGAAAUCUUAAUGCCUCCACUUCCUACAUAAAAUUCAAUGGCUUUAAGCAGGAAUUAUCUCCAUGUAUCUGAAGAAUGCAGACAAUUACUUUACUUCAACGAAAUUGCUCUUUAUUUUCACUCCGAAUUGCGCAAGUUCUCAGGUGGUAAAUAUACACAUUUCUUUCUCAAUCUGAAUUUGCAUUUGGAUUUCCUUGCACAACAUUGCUAGCCUAGUCCAACCAGCUGAAAAAAGAGUGGGUUGUUGCUGUGACCGAGAAACAGGCCCACAGACCUGUUCGGGUGCAUUCAUUGUGGGCCCCUCCUGGUAAUCGUCAUGCAUCUGGAAGAAAGUGGGAUCGUCCAAAGUAUACGUUUCAUAUUGGGCCCGGAAACGCCUGUUGAGAGUUCUACCGAGGCAAUUCAGGUAGAAGACAUGUGAGAUCCCCUGCAAGAUGAAGGAUCCUACUGAACACCGAAGACAGAUGUGCAAGUUUGUCAAUCGUUUGAACCCAAAGCAAGGGUUGAAGGGAGCUGCUGCCCAAAGCACAACCUCUGAGUUGACCUCUCCCUGUCCCACAGGAGAAGGACUGUGAAUAAGAUGGGUAGAUGUUUAGAGUGAUUCUGCAACAGCUAGUCUAUACACUGGGUCUCUCUUCCUGGCUGCCAAGACUCUCUUGACCCCACUUCCUCCAAAGAACUAUUACACUAGCUGCACUGAAUAUUCAUGCCUACACUUUACUGAAGGUAUUUCCUCAUGGGGAGGGUCUAAGCAGUAAGUCAUGGAGCGUGAGCUCAGCCCAAACUCUAUCUUGGUGUUGUUGGGUGGAUACGCAUUGCCUCUCCUCUGGAGACAUUGGGAACAUAGCAACGGUUGUGGGAUUGUUGUCAGAGAUCAAGAUCUCCUACCUGAGUGAUAGUCUUCCAUAUCCUAGGAAAAAGGCUGCCUUGAUCUCCAACAGGGUCAUUGGAAUUGGACUCCACACUGUGAUAGAGAAUAACUUCUCCUCCAUCUGCAAUACAGCUGCCCCUCUGUCAAAAGUCCCAGUGCCUUUCCAGCAUUGGCUGGCUUGCGUCAAAGUCAGCAGAAGGUCUCAUGAUAAACAAUAUUUCCCAUCCCUUCUUCUGGCCUUCCACCUUUGCCUGUGCUGAUAGGCUGAGAUGGCAGGAAUCGGAGCCACAUAUCUGGCCUAUACAGUGGUACCUCGGUUCUUGAACGUAAUCCAAGUUCCAAAAUGUUCGAAAACUGAGGUGCAAAGGGCCACCUGCAAAUUCAACUGAGAAAAUUGAAAAACACACAGUGGAAGCUGUUCGACUUUUGAGGCGUGUUUGAAAACGGACGCAUUUGCUUCCGGGUUUUGGCCGUUCGGGUUCUGAAAUGUUCGUCAACAGAGAUGUUCGAGAACCGAGGUACCACUGUACUUGAGAUGUAAGAAUGAGUUUCCACUGCUUGGGGUCCAUUUCGUGUAUGUGUUCAAUAUACAGUGGUACCUCGGGUUGCAUACGCUUCAGGUUACAUACGCUUCAGGUUACACACUCCGCUAACCCAGAAAUAGUGCUUCAGGUUAAGAACUUUGCUUCAGGAUAAGAACAGAAAUCGGGCUCCGGCGGCACGGUGGCAGCAGGAAGCCCCAUUAACUAAAGUGGUGCUUCAGAUUAAGAACAGUUUCAGGGUAAGAACAGACCUCUGGAACGAAUUAAGUACUUAACCCGAGGUACCACUGUAUUUUGCAUUUGUUGAAUCUUUAAUGCAAGGAUUUUGGGAACAUGUCCUGCUGUUGUGUGGGAUGUGGUUGUGCGAGUGUGAUUCAAGGUGCCCAUUGGAGAACUGUUGUGACAUGUCUGGAAAGACCACAGUUCAGUGGCUGAACACACAGGGUGGUACCCAGCUAACUUGUUCCUUCAGCUCAGGGAAUUCUGCUUGUGCAACAGGACAUUAUGCCUCUCCGCCCCUGCACACACCCCUAAAAUAGUUCUGGAGGUUCCCUCAGCCCUCUAGAGCAGAUAUGGGGAUGAUGUGGAGCAUGAGCAGCGAGAGAACAGGGCAGGUUCCUUGUGGUGAUAGCACAUUAGUUGGAUGCCACCCAUGCUCUCCAUACAGAAGGUUCCAGGUUCAAUUCCUGACAUCUCCAGUUUAAAAAAGAAAUGUUGGAGGGUAUAACAGAGUGUUUUGUAAGACUUCACCAUUUUUGCCCAGCUUAAUUCCUGCAUCCAAGCCGCCACAUAACUUACAGCCAGUCUGCUCCCAGUCAGAAAUGAAGGAUCAAGAAGACUUUCCCCAGAGUCUGUCAUUUAUUUGGUGACAAGCCAGAGCAUGUAAAUCUAUUGAGUAUCUUAAGCAGCAUUCCUGUUUACCAGUUUUUCCAGACCAGCUAAUUUGAAUGCAAUGGAGUCAGAGUAUCGAUAGGUGCACACAGACUAAUUUGAGCAGCAAAACACUUUGGAAGAACAUUCGGCUUCAUGUUGGACCAACAAUUUUGUGCCUGGGACUGAACUUAAUUGGAACUGGUUCUGUUAGUUCGCUGCCGAAGCUGUCAGUGAACAGCACAGAUUCGACUGGUCUCUGUGUCGUUACAAAAUACCUCCCCCUGUCCAUUCGCCAGAGCAACAUUUGCAAUAAUAAAAAGGAGUUGCUGGGCACUUUUAAUAAUUAUAAUAAGUUAAUGGAUGAAUGUUCGUCUAACUGAAUAAAUGUAAAUAAACAAAAUGCCCAUCUGAAACAUGAGGAGAGUCUCAAGUCUUGGGACUGAAUCAGCCAUGCAACUACACAUAUAUUGUGUGUGUGUGUGUGUGUCAUUAGUAGUGUGACAAUUAGUGUGGGGAGACAGACUCACUACCUAAGAGAAACAGAAGCACUUACUCCUGUUUUUAAAGUGCAUUUGGGUGCACUAUAAUUAGAACAGAAUCAAGUAUAUCAGCUUUAUGAGUCAGAUGAAAAUGGUUUCAAAAGAGCUCUAACUCAGGGUUUAAACUGGGAAUACUGAUUACUUACUCACUAUAUUGCCAUGACAGCUCACAGAAGUUGGAAUUGCAGGUGUUAGUAGAACUCUUUUACCUAUGAAGUCAGGUGACUCGUGGAUAUUCAAUCAACUUCCUCCUGCCUUCUCUUAUAUGACCUCUGAGAAUUCCUGAGGAAUUUUUGAUACACUUUUAGGAAACAUGACACAUGGCCGGCCCUCCUUUGCAGCAAGAAUGAAACUAAAUAUUUAUUAUUCUUAUUUAUAAUUUUCAUUUAUGAGAAACAUUUCAAACAGAAUCAUCUUUACAUAUCAUAUUUUGACUUCCCUCUCCCUCUUUCUCUGGUUCCUUAUAUUUACUCUAUUUUCCUACAUAUCUCAAUUUAAAUCUAUUUUAUAUUUUAUUUCCAUCCAUUUCUCUCUUUUUUAAAAAAAAUUGCAUGUUUUUACAUUAAUCCUGCUAAUGUCUUAAUUUGUUUACGAUGAAUUUUAAAAUAUUCAAUAAAUGAUUUCCAUUCCCCCUUAAAGACUUCAAUUUCUUAUUCUUCCAGUAUGUUUGGCCAUUUCUGCAUAUUCCGUUAGUUUCUGUAGCCAUUCUUCUUUCGACAGGACGUCUUCCUCUUUCCAUCUUUGGGCAAAUACCAUUCUUGCAGCAGUGUUUGCAUACAUAAAUAAAAUUUUAUGGUGCUUAGGUAACUCCAAUCCCAUAAUGCCUAAAAGAAAAGCUUCUGGGGUGUUUUUUUGUGUGUGUGUUUUUUACAAGAGCUAUCUUAAAACUCUUUUUCAAUUCAUUAUGUAUCAUUUCCCAGUAAGACUUUAUCUUACUACAGGUCCACCACAUAUGGGAAAAAGUACCUUUAUUCUCUUUACAUUUCCAACACUUACUCAAUUUUGAUUUGUACAUUUUAGCUAAUCUACUAGGUGUUGGAUACCAUCUAUAUAACUUUUUCAUAUAUAUAUUUUCUUAAACCAUAACAUGCUGUAAACUAAAUAAACCCAGCCAACAAUAUACGACUGAAGAUGAAAAUGUGAAUGAACAGUUUGCUACCUAAGUAGCUAAAUGAAGAACAGACACAAAUAUGUUUCAUUCCACCAGCUACACCCACAACCUACAUUUAAAGAGCAUUGCUCUCCCCCCACCAAAGAAUCCUGGGAAAUCAUGGGUGUAGCCAAGGGUGAGGGCAAGGAGGGGUAGCUGCCCCCCAAUCAAUAAAAAUACAUAGCAAAUUGAGGUUCUGCCCCCCUAACAAAAAUCCUUGCUACGCCCAGGUGCGAAAUGUUAAGAAUGCUGGGAAUUGUAGUGCUCUGAGGGGUAAACCACACUUCCUGUUAUGUACUGAGUUGAAUAGGAUCCAAAAGGCAGCAGUCUGAUUGGUCCUAGAACAAUAGGGUCCAGAAUGCAGCAGUCUGAUUGGUCUACAGGAGCCACCCAAUCCAGCUCCAGGUGGAAGUGAAUCCGCAACCUGAUUGGCCUACAGGUGAAUCCCGGAAUUAGCAAUCACAUGGGGCCCAUUGUGUAAAUAAUGUAUAUAAAGCAGACAUUCUAGGGGAACUUCCAUUCCUCACCACUAUGAGCUGAAUAAAGAGCAUGAAAUCCACUCUCGAGUAUAUUUCACUUCCCAUGAUUCUCUGGGGGAAGCAUUGUGCUUUAAAUUCCUGGUGGGGUUGUGACUUUCCAUCAUUCUUUCUACUGCUUCUGCCUACCCUCUUUGGUCGGGUCCAGUUCCAAAGUUUUCUUUCCAGACAGAGAACUAUUUCCUCAACUGUUUCCUUAAGGCAUCAGAGGGUUAAUUCCCAAGAGGGUUUCUCCCCACCUGCUUCCCUUCAGAACAGCACCCCAUAAUUUGGUAAUUACAGACAGGAGUGCCCUUCAGCAAUUCAACCUAGCAGUCUAAGGUUUCUUUCGGAUUGCCUCGUGGAUUUUGCCAGCUAACAUGACUGUCUCAAGCAGCUGUUUAUUUAAAGAAAAGAGUUUCAGAGAUGAUGUCUGCAUAUUUCUUACAGACACUAGGUUAAUUCCCUAAUAUUUCAAAGAUUCCCCACCUCCCUGUUUUAAGGGGGCACGUGUGACACCCUUAUUCUGUGGCAACUACAAGAUAUAAUGCCCUCUGGCAUUUAAACCAGAACUAUAAACCGCCUCUAUGGUUAUAGGUUGCCUUAAUAAACUAUUGUGUUGAUUAGUUCUGUCAGGCAGGCAAGUUCAGAAAAAGUCAACUGUUUCUUAAUUCAUUGAAUAUGGGCUUCAUAUGACUGGGGGAGCAGGGAGAUUAGCAACAUGGGAUUAAAUAAUAGCAAUGCAUAGCUUUAACAAUAUAUACUAUUAUUGCUGAAACUUAACCAAGAUCCAUAGAGCUGAACCUAUGCACACAGUAUGCCAUUCUUGGUCUGCUAUGCUACUCCAUUUGGACCAUGAGGCCAUUUUGGGCAAGCCUGCCUUUUGGGAUUUUCAGGUCUUUAAAAGUGGGAGAUAUAUACUAAAGCUCACACAUUAUCUGGUGAAACUUAGUUUGGAUUAAUAAAGUUGGUGAGGUCCAGUGGAAGCCGAAACAGCACUGUACUUUGUGUUUUUGAGGGUUUGAGCAACUGACGACAAAAGAUACUGACUCGUUCCUCUUGUCCUUGGGUCUCCCUCUUGUAAUAUAGAAAUACUAUUGAGAUUUUUCACAUACUAAAUACACAAGCAAGGUCCAGUUUGAAUAGGUAAGGUUUGCUUAUCAAAAGUGCUACGUCCAUAAUAAAAUUACUUUUACUAAUAUAAUCAUAAUCAAGCAAAUAACUGAAUAUAACGAAGUUGCAUACUCUUAUUACCAUUAACAUUUAACUGAAUUAAAUGUUCUUUGUACAUUGGUGUCAGCCAUGGUUCCUCCACCUUCUUAUAAAUAACUUUAUUCCCUUUCUUCAGAUGGAGAAGUAUUAUUCCUUCGUGGUCAUUUUUUGUGCUGUCUUCCUGCCCAAGGCCCUUGGGUUUCCAUACAAAGAUGUUUCAAUAGAUUGUUUCUCCAUGUUACCGAAUUGUGGAGGAGGACCACAGACAUCUACUCCACCUUAUGUCGUCUCUGUAUCAUUUGAUAGAUACGAUCCAGGAAAUGAAAUACAAGGUACAUUAUAUAACACGCUAACAUUAUGGAUCAGAGUAGGGAUGGUGGAGAAAUGUGAUUCAGUUCAUUUAAAAAAAGCAAAACUACCAAAUUUGUACUUCCAGAACUGCUCUUUCAUGUAUAUGUGCUUUUCUAUUAUUUUACCUUGCCUUGAGCUUUUAAAUUUUGUAAUUGGCAUUUUUUAAAAUUUUUAUACUGGUCAUUGACCAUAAUAAAAUUACUUGACUUGCACUUCCAGAACAAUGCAAGAACCAAAACACAGCCAUUCAUCAAAAUUCACACUUCUCCAAAUUUUCUAGUUAAGUAAUUGCAGCUUUCUGGUUAAGUAAUGUGUCAAAAAAUCAUGUAUUAGAGCAUAUAUUAGUGAAAAUGCACUGUAUUAGACAAAAAUGUUCUGGAUUGGGGAAUUCCUUAAAUAGGAAGGUGCUACAGCUAGAUUAUUGUACCGUUUUGUUCUUUGAAGUUAGGUUAUGUAGCAAAAUAUAUUUCAGGAUUCUGUGGUGGAGUCCAGUUGUUUGAAUGCUGUAAUUCCACAGUGCAGAAAAAACACAGGAGUUACUGAGCAGAGAAUCUGAGCUUCUUCCUGGGUAUUUAAACUCAAACUUGAAAUGGAAAUAAAUGCCGAUGCAUGUUGUCUUUUCAUGAGAGCGGUGUUUCUUUGAUGUAAUGAACUCACAGAAGACACACUGGAGAUGAGAACAUAUCUGAUUCCUGAAGCUAUUCAGAAGCGAUUACUAUUCACUGCCAUGGAUGUAAAUCAUCCUGGCUUUCUAAAUGCUGCAAUCGCUUAGCCAAUAAAGUUUCUGACUGAGACAAACCUGCUCUGCAAAAAUGAAAGACCCAAGCGAUCAAAUGGGAAAUUUCUGAUGCGUAGUUUAACUCUGUUAAAAGUCUUUAUAUUAAAUUUAUCUGUUGGUUUCCCCCAGUGACUCUAGAAGGAACGUCGUCUGCUGGAUUCACAGCAUUUAUGGUACAGGCUCGGGAAAUUGAUGGCAAUGUUCCCGUUGGCAUGUUUCGCAUCAGGGAUCCAAAUACGCAAGGCUACCCAUGUGCCAACAUGACGGUAUGUGUUCAUUUAACAUGAGAAAUUGCUUUCUUGAUGGUGCCAGAGUGGUAUUCAUUAGCCUCAAAACAGAAUGUAUCAUCGCUCUGUUUCUUCCUUUUCUUUAAAAAUACGGAAUAUGUACCGUAUUUUUCUGUGUAUUGGAUGAGGUUUUUUUGACUCAAAAAUCAUGUCAAAAAACUGGGGUCAUCCAAUACACGGAUAGUGGCAUGGGGGGCGAGGAGAUGUGGCGCGCCACCAGCCAUUUGGUUGGCUGGAGCGCGGCUUCUCCCGAUGCCACAGCGAGCGGGGAGCAAUCUGGGGGGUGUUUCCUGCCCACAGCUGACUGGGCAGACAGGCUGAACAACGUUGGGCCAUCUCCCCUUAUUUUCUUAAAACUGAGUCCCCCAAAAUAGGGGGGGUCUUAUACAUGGGGGCGUCUUAUAGAUGGAAAAAUACGGUACCUGCCUUCCUGCUUUUUCAUAACCAAACUAUUUGUGAUAGGCAAGGCAGUUUUCCGCCAGGGCAUCUGCCAAGGACACAAGUGUUUAUAGAGCUGGGAUAAAUUUCCUUCUCAAAAUUUUCCUGUGUGGAUUUUAAUGGCAAAUAUUCUUGAAAACUGAAUAUCCAGCACAUAUUUGAUGUUUAAUGGUGGCAUUGUGCAUACAUUGGUUUUGAUGGUAUCUGGUAGCUGAAAUGUGAUAGCAGUCAAUGUUUGCUGGCACCUGACAUUUAGUGGUCAGUACCUGGUGCUAUCCUACAGGUGGCUUGCAAUUAGGGAGCAUUCUGGAAACACCUUCUUAAAUAGAUAAAAACUCACAGCCAAAACUUUGAGUUAAUAUCAACACUAGAAGCCGAAUUGCAAAGUAUGAAAAUCAAUUUCAUGUUUUCAGAUUUAAAUGCUGUUGAAAGGUCAUUCAACUGUAAGAGUAGCCUAGGCUGUAAUCCUGUACCAGUGUUUUCCUGGGAGUAAGCCCCACUGAACUUAAUGGGACCUACUUUUGAAUAGACAUGGGUAGGAUUGCACUUUUAGAACACAAUUCUACACACAUCGGUUCAGAAAUAAGUCCUGUUGAGUUCAGUGGGGUUACUCCCAAUCUCAGGUAAGUAGCUAUAGGACUGCAGCCUUAAUUAGUGAUCUCGUUUCAACUAUAGCAUGAGGAACAAUUUACCUCAAAUAUUGUUUUUGAGCUGUGUGUUGUUUUUUUAACUUGUGUGUCUGGAUUCUGUUUCUUUUGCCUUCUCCUUUCAGAAUUCAGCAGUAAGUCACACAAAUCCCAGUGUAAAACGCAAAGUCACAACUACCUGGGUUGCUCCUCAGGGUACGAAUAAGAUUCGCCUUAUGUAAGUUGUGGAUUUCUUGCUAUGUAAUAUUUAUCGAGGGACUUUAGUUCUUCUUUAUAAAAGGAACAAAAUAUAUCAAGGUUGCAUGUGUGGCCAUAUAUUUGGAAAUUAUAAAUGUACUGUUUUUAACACUCGAUUGGGAGCCGCCCAGAGUGGCUGGGGAAACUCAGCCAGAUGGGCGGGGUAUAAAUAAUAAAUGAUGAUGAUGAUGAUGCAGGCAGGUGCACUACCUUUGUGGUAGUGGCACCUUCCCUGUGGAACACCCUCCCUUUAGAUGUCAAGGAGAUAAAGAACUACAUAACUUUUAGAAGACAUCUGAAAGCAGCCCUGUAUCAGGAAGUUUUGAAUGUUUGCUGGUGCUGCUGGUGCUGCUAAUAAUAAUAAUAAUAAUAAAUUUAUUAUUUAUACCCCUCCCAUCUGGUUGGGUUUCCCCAGCCACUCUGGGCGGCUCCCAACAAAAUAUUUAAAAUAGAAUCAAACAUUAAAAACUUCCCUAAAGAGGGCUGCCUUCAGAUGUCUUCUAAAAGUCAGAUAGUUGUUUAUUUCCUUGUCAUCUGAUGGCGGGUGCCACUACAGAGAAGGCCCUCUGCCUGGUUCCCUGUAACCUCACAUCUCGGAGUGAGGGAACCGCCAGAAGCCCUCAGUGCUGGACCUCAUUCUAAUACAUAGUGAUGUAUUACUAUGUUUUUAUAUAUGCUGUAACCCACCCAGAGUAGCUGGGGAAAUAGAUAAUUCUGGACUGAAAAGUAUAAUGGAAAUUCCCCCGAGAGAAAAAUCUUAUGUAUAAUAUAUAUGAUAUUAUAUAUCUCAUUAGAGAAAAGCCUCAACACUAGAAAUAGUGAUGAUUUCUUUGUGUUUUUUCUCCCCUCUCAGGGCUACUUUUCUUCAAGAUUAUGAUACCUAUUGGGUUGGCGUUCAUAGCAAAACUCUCUCGCCCAGAUUUUCAGAAGUGGCUAAUAUUUCCAAACCCAUCAAUGAUUCCAAACCCAUCAAUACUUCCAAACCAAUCAGUGAUUCCAAACCCAUCAAUGUUUCAAUGGCAGCCAAUAGCUCAGACCUAGCCAAUGAUUCUGUGGCAUCAACAGUUUCUGAUAUUACCGAUGAUUCUGAGGAGUACGAUGAUGAUUUUGAUUUCAACACCCUCCUUGGUGACACUGAGGCAGUUUAUGACAAUGAGAUACCUGUUGAUUCUGAGGCGACGCCAGACUCCAGAACAGAAAAUGCCACAGAAAAGAGCAGGAGGAAGGUAUUUGUGAAAUACUUAUUACAAACCAAAGGAGGGGUGUAAUUCAACUGAACAGAACAAGUGCAUGUUUUUCAAACACUUGAUCAUGAAUGUUGUGAAUAUGACCCACCAUUAUGUUCCUUUAGCAGCGUGGUUGUAUCUUCUGCAUGGCUGAUUAUUGCCACAUCACUCCAGUAACUUAAGAAAUGGAGGAGACCCUUUAGAAGGGACUCAUUUAUUUAGAAUCAGAUCCCAGUUUGUCAGAAUUUCUGCUGAAGCUGCAACACUGGAAAAGUCAAAUUUUAUUAUUUUUCUAGCACAUAUUUUAUUGGAACAGUGUAAGAUAUGGCUACAUUCUAGGAACUGGUAACAUUAUUUAUAGGAUCUUAAGAACCUUUAUUUUGAGUGAUUUCAAGCAUCCAGUUUGCCCCUGCUCUCAGGUGGCGGGUAUUACAUAUACCAUGGAGCAGAGAUGCGGGGGUGGGGCACAAAAUUAAAUCAGUUCACACUUAAAUGUAAGCCUAUAAAAGUUGCACUUGCCAAACCAAUAUGCAAACUAAAACACAAUACUCUUCUAAAGUUCUCAUUUCUCUGAUGCAAUCCUCCAACCGACGAAUGCAAGCAGAAAUUUGUAUGUAAUUGAAAAGUGCACACAAGAAUGUUUAUCAGUCGAAAUCAUGUUCAAAAUUGCAUUGUGUUGGGGGGGGGCAGGAAUUGCUUGCAAAAAUUAAUACUGUAAAUGUUAGGAGAAAAACACAGGGAAAUGCAAACAAAUGUGCACACAAGCUUUUUUCCCCUUAAUUGCAAAUUUAUGUGGAAAGGUGGCAAACCAAACUUAAGAUUGAGAAAAAGAUAAACUGAAAAUGAUGGGAUUUAUGCGUCCUCACCACCAAGGUGCCACGAUAAACAGUACCCCCAUGAAUGAGUGUGUGGAUUUAUGAGUGGGAUAAAAAACACCUCGGAUCGAUUGAUCAAUCAAUCAAUCAAUCAAUCAAUAAUGGAACAUAUAACAGGAAUGCUAUCUUCGCUAGCAUCCCUGUGGUAAUGGUAUUCCUACUCCAGUAGCCGGCAGUUAGCUAGUAAUUGCAGUAUUAUUUAGUUUCCCAUUGGUGGGCGAUUGUCCGGGUUGGCAAGUGGCUAGUGAUGCAUGAAGAAUCGUCAGUUGAUGCUGCAGAUUUCAAAUGCUGCUAAAAUGAAGGGCUAAUAACACGGUGGAAUUGUUGUAAGCAGAACCACCAGGUAUUCCUUCACAGCUUUGCAACAUUUUAUUAGGUAUAGUCCCUACUUUACAAGGCGGUAUCUCUUUUCUUUUCAGUCCGUUCUGACUGUGAAUGUCAACUGUGGCGAGGUAAGAACCUUUUUUAAAAAAGAUUCCUCAGCAUUUCCCUCACUUACUGUCAAGAUCUUUUUAAUUGCGUGCUUAUAUAUUUACUGUGUCUGUAAGCUCACCCAUAUUAUAAAGUUCUCUGGGUGGCUUACCCUAAAUAAGUAUAAACACAAUGGGAAUACAAGGUAAAAUAAAAUCUUACCAUUUAAUGAAAAGCAACAAGAAAACAAAACUCUCCACCACCCCAAAGUUGAAGCACAAAUUUAAAAACUGAGAGAACCAGCUACGUAAGUUAUUUAAAACAUUUGGAUAAACAGAAAGGGCUAAAAGGGGUGGCACAAGGCAAAACUCUCUGGGAAGACUGUUCCAUAACUGGGGUACGCCCAUCAGGUGUGCAGUAGCACAACCGGACACCUUCAUCUGCCCCAGCUGCAACAAAACAUGUCUCUCCCACACUGGUCUCUACAGCCACACCAGGAGCUACAACCAUCCAACAGCUUGACCUCACCCCCAAAGGCACACUCCUCCAUCCUCCUUUGUCUCCCGAGACAGACGGAUGCCAACCACUACCAUUUCAUAAAACAGAACAGCAUGCACCUGGGUCGCACUCCUGAAAUGUUUAGAACGGCCCACUCUGCUUGAGUUAAUCGACUCUUUUCUUUACCUGGUGUGAACAAGUCCACCCAGUUAUACUGGGAAAGAGACAUAUUUGUACUUGGUAGAAGGCUAUAAUGCAGUUUGACUGGUUAAGUAAAUUGAGUGGGCUGAGAACACUUCUUCAUUGCACUGCCGUGAGCGCUAUAGUACUUGAAAUGCGUAAGGAAGGCACAAAGUCCCUUUUAAUAUUACCCCUGGGCCAGCCCUACCAUUAGGCAAAAUGAGGCAAAUGCCUCAGGCAACAGAUACUGAAGUGGGGAGUAGCACUCCCCUAGACUAGCCUGCUGGAGGCUAUAAGGAGAGAAGUGGGGUGUUUCAUUGCGUAAACAAGAGUCUGCUGCAUAACUGGAAGAGCAGAUGUGGCGUUUGCCCGUUCGUUUAGAAAAUGUAUGUAGAGGGGAGAGAGAAAGGGUUAAAAUGUAGUCCAAUAGGAAAGCUGGAGGCGGAGCCUACCUGUUUAUAAAAGGGCUUAGUCUGAGGUUUGAGUGGUUAGUUGGUUGGUUUUAGUGGGUGGGCUGGUUGGGAAAGGCAGUUGGAAAAGCAGUUGGCAGGCAGUUGGCAAUAGAGAGACAGUGCAGUGGGUUCUUGUGUGAGGGGAGGUAGAAGAGAUAAAGACAGGAUAAAAUAAGACUAAGAAGGUAAAGAGUAACAACGUUUGGAAUGCAGUUAAAGUUUAUUUGUAUCUGCAAUAAGCUACACUCUUUUUUGUUAACUUGAGAACUUGACUGAGAUUUACCAGGGAGGACCUGGUUGGUGGUAGCGGAUUAGUGGUGUAUGGGUCAAUAGUCCAUGAGACAACCAGGGGCUCCGUACGAACACCACAGCAGCGUUGUAUAGCACUCAAAGUUCUUUAAAAAACAAAACAAUCUUAUUUUUUCUUAGGCUGGAGCAGUACAGUCAAGCAGUGGUGGCUGUGUCAAGGUAAGCAUUAUUUCCUUAAAAGGUCCUUAUUCCCCUACAAGAUACGACAAUUAUAUACACAUUUGUCUUAAAUUUUUAAAGAAUCCUUCUGCACAUAAACGCUGCAGGUUCAGACAGGUUUUUUAUUCGGGUAAGUUUGAAGUGUCAGGCUCAUUCUUCUGCAUAAAAUUAUCCAGUCCUUAUUACUGUGUCUUCCGUCUGCGCUCCUGGUAUAUCUGCAUCAGUACAGCUGGACGCCUUCAUCUGCCCUAGAUGCAAUGAAACAUGUCUCUCCCGCAUUGUUCUCUACAGCUGUAACCCUCCAACAGUUUGACUUUACCCCCAAAGGCACAUUCCUCCAUUUUCUCCCAUUUUCUCUCUUCCUGUUUUGACUCACAUAACAGAGAGAGGAAUUUUCACUUCUUUCAUGUUUUGUUCUUGGUGCCUGCCCAAACAGAUCACUUGCCAAAGAUUCCACAGAGGCUUUUUAACUCUUCUCCCAUGUCUUAAAAAUUAAACCAACCUCUGCUGCAUUCGAGCACAGUCAAAGGGUCCACUGAAAUGAAUUUCAGAGCAGCUCUGUUUAUAAUGAAAUAAUUAUUUUUCCUUUUGUGAUCUUUAAAUAUUAAAGGCUUGGGUUGCAUUUAUUCCCUCGUCAUAAUCCCUCAUUUAUUCCCUCGUCAUAAUCCCUCAUUUAUUCCCCCAUCAUAAUCUUAAAUUCCUGAUUAAUUUUCAGAGUACACAAGGAUCAUCGCAGAGCAGUGGCAGUGAAGCCAAGGUAAUUGCUGUUUUUUCCUUGCCAUUAAUUCUUUGUUUCUUCUCAGGACUUGAUAGAGCCAAACUACAUGUUACACCUCACUACAAACUACACAGUAGCCACAAGUAAUGUUAGUCUCAUCACAGCUGUUCCAAUCCAAGCAGUCCUUGGGAGGGGACAAUUUUACGAAGGAAAAGUGUUGUGUUGCUUCUCCUAACAUCCUUGGUGCUGCUCAUGCAUGGAAGUUUUUUUGCACAAUCCGCGUGAAAUAAAUUCUCAUCAAAAUGCCUUCCCAUAGUAUUUCCCCAUUUAAACCAGAUUUGCUGUUUCUGCAGGGAAUCUGAUAAGUUAAAAGAAAAAAGUACAGUGGAAACAGCAAAUCAAAAUUAAACACUGGGCGUGGGGGUGGGGAAUUGUGGAAUUGCACUUUGAUGAGGUCAGCACCAUGUGGACACUGGGAGAAACUUGCAUGCAUAAUCAACAGUAAGUCCACAAAAAGUGCAGCUGUUGGGAGCUUCCACACAGCAGUUAAGCCAGUGAAUGCUUCAAAGAUUUGUAUAUAGUGGUACCUCUAGUUACGAACUUACCGUAUUUUUUGCUCUGUAAGAUGCACCAGACCAUAAGACGCACCUAUUUUUUUGGAGGAGGAAAACAAGAAAAAAAAUAUUCUGAAUCCCAGAAGCCAGAACAGCAAGAGGGAUCGCUGCGUCUUAUGGAGCGAAUGCAGGCUGCACAGCAAUCCCUCUUCCUGUUCUGGUUUCUGGAUAGCUGCACACAUUUCCCCUUACUUUUUAGGAGGAAAAAAGUGGGUCUUAUAGAGCAAAAAAUAUGGUAAUUCAUUCCAUUCUUAACCUGAAACUGUUCUUAACCUGAGGUAGCACUUUAGCAAAUGGGGCCUCCCGCUACCGCCAUGCCGCUGCCGCAUAAUUUCUGUUCUCAACCUGAGGUAAAGUUCUCAACUCGAGGUAACUCUUCCAGGUUAGCGGAGUUUGUAACCUGAGGCUUUUGUAACUCGAGGUACCACUGUACUGUGCAGUAGGCUGCAGUCCCUCCCCCCACAAAUUCAGGCUCAGAAAUGACAGGCAUCAUUUUUUCUUUCCAGGUCAUAGUGGUCAAAGAAGGAAGCAGCAGUGGAAGCGGCUGUGGUGGGGUAAGUAUACACUCUGUCCUCUUGAUUCUAGAAUUUUGUCCUAGUAUAAAUGUUGCAUAACACAAGCUGUACUUGAGGAUUCGGUGAACUGUGUUACUGCAAAAUAAGAGAUUACCCCAUUUUAUAGCUGCCCCUCUCCAGUGCCGGAUUUAUGUAUAAGCUAAACAAGCUAUAGCUUAGGGCCCCACUCUCUUGAGGACCCCCCCCAAAAAAAUUAAAGGAAAAAAGCUUGGAUGUACAUUUCCAAAAUAUAAGAUAAAAAACAAAUAAAAUAAAACCUACAUACAGCAAGAGUGUUUUGUGUUGUGUAUGGACCUAUUAGGUCCAUAAAUUACCACAUAGCAUAUAUUCAACACAGAAAACAGUGGCAAUUUGUUGUUGACAAAGGACAGCUGGACAUAUAAAGGGCCCCAUUGCCUUCAGUAGCUGAGGGCCUCAUCAAACCUAAAUCUAGUCCUGCCCCUCUCUGUGUGAUUUGAUCUAUCCAGUUUGAUCUAUCCAUCUGAAUGAUAUAGUCACAAUUGUACCAUAUCCAUGUGCACUGACGUGCCUGCUGACCAGCAAAAAAAUAGACAACUGGCUUUUCUUUUGCUCACAGGGAGGAACUGCAAGCGUGUACAACAAGUUUGGCUGCAGAGAUGUAAGUACUGGUAUGCCUCUUUCUUUUGUGUUGUUGUUUUUUUAAACUUUUAUUUUGCUUUAAACAGGUACAUAUCAAUAUAGACAACCAAAAUUACAAAGGAAAAUUCCUUAAUAGUAAUGAAAAAAAACUUUAAAAACUACAAAAAAUAUCAAAGUACAUAACACAGAACAUAAGCAACUAUGGAAAAGAUAAAAAAAAAUAAAAAUAAAAAUAAAAAGGAAGAUGAGCCAAAGCAGGAAGGCUCAUCUAUUGUACACUUCCGUCAAGCUCACAACAGAUCAUUAUUCUUAUCAAUUAUCUCUUUUGUGUUUUAUUCCUGUUCCCUGCUCAACAACGCAGGGGAAGCUGCCAUAUACUAUGUCAGCCUAUUGGUCAAUUUCACUCAAUAUUGUCUAUAUAUUAAGGGUAAUGGUAAAGGUAAAGGGUAAAGGUAAAGGUAAAGGGACCCCCUGACCAUUAAGUCCAGUCACGGAUUACCCUGGGGUUGUGGCGCUCAUCUCACUUUAUUGGCUGAGGGAGCCGGCAUACAGCUUCCGGGUCAUGUGGCCAGCAUGACUAAGCCACUUCUGGCGAACCAGAGCUGUGCACGGUAACAGCGUUUACCUUCCCGCCGGAGCGAUACCUAUUUAUCUACUUACACUUUGACGUGCUUUCAAACUGCUAGGUAGGCAGGAGCAGGGACCGAGCAAAGGGAGCUCACCCCAUCGCGGGGAUUCAAACCGCCAACCUUCUGAUUGGCAAGCCCUAGGCUCUGUGGUUUAACCCACAGCGCCACCCAUGACCCUGUAUCAAGGGUAGGCUCCCCCUUUUAGCUGAAAGGCUGCUUGAAGAGGUUCUCAUUUCUUACCAGUCCAACAGGGUGGUCUGCUAUCCAGAAUUCCUAGGAUUUAUACUGAAUUUUAGUCUUAUUUCUACAUUUUCUUGAACUAUAAAGGCUGCCCUAAUAAAUUUAGUUCCUGGACCAGCCUUCCUCCACUAAGCAUCCAGUUACAGAGCUAAUCAUUUUCUUUCCCAAAGUGUGCCUCUGGUUAAAUCAUACCAUUCAGGAAAUUAAGGGAGUUUUGGUUUGUUUACAGAAUGCAGCUGCUUCCGGUGAUCAGUCAUCAUAUGGCCAGGUAAGAACGCUUUCCACAUUGUUAUUUAUUUUACAAGUAUAAACUUUCUCCGAAGUUUAAUGACUCAAUUUACAUCUUCAAAAAGUAGAUUGCACCAGGAUGUGUGCUGAGUUGCGAUCUUGACAGGGAGCAAACCAUGCUCAAGAUCUAGGUGCAAAACUGCUUUGUUGAUGAGUUGAUGCAUGGUAUUUCAAGCGAUUUUAACUCACAUUUAUAUUCUAUAUCUUACAGUCAGUUUCCACCAGCAAAGUAAAGGUAUGUAGGUGGUUUUUUUUUCUUCCUUUCCAAUAAAAUUUUAAAGGCUGGCAAACAUUGAUUGAUCCUUGCUUCAGCAAGCCAAAGUUUUAUACAUGUUUUGCUAUGAGGAAAUCGGUUACAGUAGUCUUUUCUUUAAGAGAUCGUGUGUCCAUUAGUUUUAGCCUCUUGGAAUCUACAAAAGGACCUCUUGGCGCUCUUAACAUUGGUGAUAGCAAAGUGCUGUCAUUACCCACAAAAUACCUUCUUUUGGGGAAAAUGCCAGAUCUUCUUGCAAGAAAAUUAAAACUGGGAAAUUGGAGGGGAGAUUAUUUCCUGACUUCCUAGCUGUAUGCCAUUAGUAUAUAGAAUGUGAAUCUGCAGUGCUACAGCUCCUCUCUUUCUGAGUAUUUUGAAGACCUUUUUUGUUUCUUUGUUCAAAAAGCAGGGUAAACCAACAACACUUAAUAAAAAAAACCCUACUUUUUUCUCAUUAACAGGUUGUGACCUACCCAGACAGCAAACCUUUCCCACCUGAGGUAAACACUAUUCUGUGCUGCAUUUGUUUGUUUGUUUGAUUGAUUGAUUUAAAUUGUACCAUUUAAUGUAAUUAAAAUCUCUAAGCAGGUUACAAUAAAAAUGCAAAUAAUGUUCAGUUAAGGUAACCUUUAAAAAACUGGAUUGAAAACGAUCUCAAAACAGAACUGUGCAUCACAGAUCAAACUGAGCCCUGACCUAGUAGAAGUUAGGGUCCAUCAAGCUAAUGAUGGGGACACCUGGGGCUCCCCAGAUGUUAUAGGACUACAACUCCCAGCAUCCCUGACCAUAAGUCAUAUUAGCUCAUGGCAGUUGGAGGCUCGUGACAUCUGGUUGGCUACACCUGGUUCUCCUUUCCUAGUUUAUACUCAGCUGUGCUGAGCAAAACGGGUGUGUGGAGAAAGAGAGCUGAAGACUUUCCCCAUCUGCUAUUUGACUCUCCUGACUCACUCCUACCCUGAACAUUUUUCUCCAAGCUAGCUUACUUUUGGGAUCAGAUCUACGGAUGAAUGAAUCUGUCCAUUUCCAUUUCUCUCAGUUUCUCAUAUUUCAGUUCAGUUCUUUGCAUUUCCACACCAGUUUGUCAUUUUUCAAAUAAAGAAAUCCCCAUCAAAAUUGACCAGGAUUUUCAUGUGAAUUAUUAAAAACAAACACUUUUUUGUGUGCAUGCAGUUUCCCCUAAUACGCACAUUUUUGAAGCUGUUUUCCCUAAUACAAUGCAUUUUGUAUGCUACUUUCACAUCCAUUUUUAUGUACUCUUCUGCCCUAAUAUUUGCAUUGUUGUACACAUUGGCUGAACUGCAUUGCAAAAUUCAGACUUGCACAUUUCAAAGGAUAGCUGUGUCUCAGUUUGCAUAUUGGUUCCAGAAGUACAGAUUAGGUACUCCUUCAAUAAAAUUAAAACUAUAUCUAAUUUCUCUCCCAUUCCUACUUAAAACUGAAGGGGGGGAAACAGCUUAAGGACAGAUAGUAGGGACACUGGUCACAGGCAGCAGGAGGGUUAAGUGCUUAGGAUCAAAUUGUUUCUACAGAAUAAAUAAAAGGAACCUAUAUUGAGGUUGCAUGUUAUGCUUUCGUUUAAUUUUUCAUCCUUGAUCUUUUCUGUAAAGAACCCUUUUGCAAGUGAAUAACACCAUUGUGUCUCUUUGCUUUUCCAUUUCCUAAUAGCGUGAUUCUACUUAUCCAUCGGUAAGCAAAACAUCUCAUUUUAAUAGAUAUUUGUAUGAGAGCAAAUCUUAUGCUGCCUACCUCCCAAUCUAAUCUAACUGCAUAACCCUCAGCUUCCUUUUCAUCAGCUGAGAUGAGCUCUAUAAGUAUCCAGUUUCUCUGGAAAAGUCCCCUACCUCUGUAGUCAUUUUCUGUGUUGUGAGUGGUUUCUGUGGACAGGGGCUUACAAUCUUUUCUAGCUUCAAGGAAUUGUUUCCGUAAAGACUUGCUUGCUGAGGGACCGCUGCAUGAAUGCAGAAGUUUUAGGGAAGUGUUUUAGAUUCCUGGAGUUCCUGCAGGUUGCUGGACAAGUCUAUGAGGCAUCGCCAUUGCUCUGAAUGGGCUGUAAGUGCCAUCUGGAACACACCCAACACACCCUUGUGGCUGUGGUGCAAAAUAGUGUCUAUGUCAGGCUUUAGGCAAACGGCUUCCUCCCCCUGUGGUAGUAGAUAAGCAGAACAGAAGAAAAGGAGUCUUCUUACCAGUUAGAAACUUUAAUAACCACAGCGAGAGAACAAAGAACAUAUCUCCUAGAAAUGGUGGCGCUCAUAAUUAAGGAUCACCUCCCUUCCAUCCCUAUUCAUCUACAUCACUCCUACGUCUUGUAAUCUGAGCUUGUACCUUCUGUGCUUUCUGUUCUGCCACUUUCUGAGCUUUUCUCGACCUUGUGCUGAGAGGAGGAAUGCUAUCCAGAGACUGUGAAUCUGUUAACCAUCUCUCUUCCAGUGUUUCUUCUCCUAGCUGUUCCCCAUCCAGAAUUUCCCAGCUUCUGCCUUCUGAACUAGGCCCCUCUGCAAACCACUGUUCCAAAUCUAUAAUGUCCUCCUGCUCCAGGGAAGAUUCAGGAUCCGGAUCCGAAGCAGGAGGAGGGGGAGGCUUUGGAUCAUAGUAUUGUAGAACUGUAGAGUUGGAAGGGACCCCAAGGGUCAUUUAGUAUGACCCCCUGCAAUGCAGGAAUCUUUUGCCCAACGUGGGGCUCGAACCUACAAUCAUGCCGAAGGUCCCAGUUUCACUCCCAAACAACUCCAGCUAAGGCUGGAAACCCUGGAAAACUGCUGCCAGUCCGGGCUAGAUGGACCAAUGGAUUGGCUCAGUAUAAGGCAGCUUCCUAUGCUUGGCCUCUGAUCACAUGCCCAGAAGUUUGUUUUUAAUAGCAGAACGAUACAGUGGUGCCCCGCAAGACGAAUGCCUCGCAAGACGGAAAAACCGCUAGACGAAAGGGUUUUCCGUUUUGGAGUUGCUUCGCAGGACGAAUUCCCCUAUGGGCUUGCUUCGCAAGACGAAAAUGUCUUGCGAGUCUUGAGAUUUUGUUUCCGCUUCCCCCCCCCUUUAUCUAAUCUGCUAAGCCUUUAAUAGCCUUUAAUAGCCUUUUAGCAGCUAAUCCCCUAAGCCUUUAAUAGCCGCUAAACCGCUAAUAGCGCUAAUAGCGCUAAUCCGUCAAUGGGCUUGCUUCGCAAGACGAAAAAACCGCUAGACGAAGACUCUCGCGGAACGGAUUAAUUUCGUCUUGCGAGGCACCACUGUACUCAUGAUCCUGUCACAGAAAAAUCCAGCUCCUGGUCCUGCCUCCCCCCCAGCUUUCCACCAUCCUUCAUAUUGGCAGCCUAAUGAAGAAGAAUAAAAAGCAUUUUCAUGAUUACGUUUUAAAAACAAUCAGGAGUGGGGAUCCUUGCCGAUCCACUGCCAGGAACUUGGAGCUCUCUUAGCAGGUUCUCAUCUAGCUUCCAUCUCUAAGGUUCUCUGGAACACAGUUUAACAACCACGGCUAUAGAUGACCAGGAGUAGACAAGGGUUCAGAUUACUUGCUCAUAUGCUUUACUGCCUUUUCCACUAGCUGCAUCAUAGCCAAAUUAAAUGGCUCCCAUUUUCUUUCAGAAAAUUGCUAACGCUGGUGGAAUAAUCUAUUCCCAGGUAAGAAGUCUUUCUUCAUCCCGUCCCAAUGCUGCUGUGUGUGUGUUAUCGACAACACUGUUUUAUGAAAUGUAAAUUUUUCCUUUUGAUCUUAUCAACUCCUUUCUGUGAUGAUGGGCAAACAGUUUUGUUGUUUUUUGGGUGAAACAACCGCAAAGCUCUUUUACAGGGUAAUUCUACAGCGCCACAGUCGCUGCAUGAUUUCUUUUAAGUUUUCAUAUUUGACUGUAAUUUGGAUGAUUUUACUACUUGAAAGUCACUCUGUGUAUCAUUUUAAUUUUUUUUAAACAACAACCCCUUUCUAACUCGUCCCAACCUCAUCAUUCUUUCUCUACAGGGUCCCAGACCUCAAGGUGGUUCAUCGGAAACUGUUCGUAUUACCGUACAGGAGGUAACUAAUGUUCAGUGACAAAGCAAAUUUGGCAUGGGGGAAAUGAAGUUUCCCAGUUAUGGGCACUGUAGUAAGCCAGUCCUGGUUUUAAACUUAUUUCUGUUUUACUUCUGUGUCUUAGAACAGAAGCUUCACCAAAAUGCAGUGGGGGUGGCUGGGUUGAAAAGGGGGCCACAGUUCUUGGCUACAUCUACUAGCCAAUGUGUUGAAGAGGAGAAAUAGGAAUAUACUAUACAUGUGCAGUAUGUUACAUUGAAACAGGCACACAAGCAGCCAGCUCCCUGAUUUCUUGAUUUUGUUUUCACAGGGUGGGAAAGGUAGUCCGGCUUGUGAUAAGGUGAGUGAUUCAUCUCCACCAUAACUUGUUUAUAUUUAUAUUUUAUUAUAAUAUUACUAUUUUCCCCCUACGUGGUGUGCUUAUGCAAUGGCAUGGGAAUUAAAAAAACAAAAGAAAACCUGAUAAAAGACUGUCAUCCAAAGAAGCUCAGUUGUGGUAGGUUCAGAACAGGCAAAAGGAAAUGCUCCUUCAUAGAGCACAUCUUCAAACUAUGGAAUUUGCCACAGAUGGUGCAAUGGUUACCAAAAUGGGGUUUACGAUACAAUACGAUAAUCUUUAUUGUCAUUGUCCCAUACAGAACAACGAAAUUGAAAAAAAUCUACAUCAGACAUUCAAAAACCAACAAGCCUGCUAUCCCAGCCCUAAAAACUCUGAUACUCCAUAAGUAAAUACAAUAUACCCCCACAGAGACUACCUUACACUGCGUUUAAAACCAAAAUCACAUUUGGAUAAAAACUGUUUCUCAGGCAGCUAGUCCUAGUCUUUAUAACCCUGUACCUUCUUCCAGAAGGCAGAAGCUGAAAGAGAUCAUUUCUAGGGUGCGCGCUAUCCUGCACUAUCUCUGCAGCUUUCUUAUGACACCUGGAAGCAUAGAUUUGAUCCAAGGUGGGAAGGGUGCAUCCAAUUAUUCUCUCCGCAGUCUUUACAACCCUGGACAGCAUUGUUUUUCCUCUGACCGUGCAGCUCCCAAACCACUCUCAACUGUACAAUGGUAAAAUGCCGUCAACAGGUCCUUUGAGAGAUUAUUUUUCCAGAGGAUUCUCAGAAAAUAUAAUGGUGGGAAAUGGAGGGAAAGGUUAUUACUGGCUACUAGUCAUGAUGGCAAUAUAUGUACCAACCCCCUAUCCUCCCUGGGACAAUCCACUUCAAGCCAUUUUACAGGGAAGGAGGAUUGUGGCAAAUUCACUCCCCACCUCUAAAGUAGCAGCAGCAUAUUUGUGAUGGCAACAUACCACCUCCAGAGCCCACAGAUUGGAGCUUUCGAAUCUGCACAGGAUCGAUAAACAUUUAUUGUUUUGAUAUCUUAAAGGUUGUGUUCAGAUAACCUGUUUCUCAAUGAAGUAAUUCCUUUACUCUUUUACAGACUUCACCUGCCUAUAACGUCAAGAUUUGCAAUCAGGUAAGCACCUCCAUUCCACAUUACCUUGGAUUUGACUGGAUGGUGUUCAUAGUUUUAAAUACGUUAAUAAAUAUUGUAUCCUUGUUUUGCUCCCCCCCCCCCAUUUCUUAAAUAAACUCUGAAGUAGGGAUGGAAAGAGCUUUCAGUUUUGAUCCUCUUAUUUGCUCAUUUCCCCCACCUUAAAUUUAGUUCUCCGCAUUUCUGCAGCAAAUUGCAAUUUAUCUUUUUUUUAAUUCCUCUUGAAAAUUCAUCAGAAUUUUAGAGCCAAUUUCUCCUCAGAAACACAUUUCUAUACACACUUUUGACUAAUGUACAUGUUUUAACAAAUACAUUUCCCCAAUACAUUUUUAUAUAUUAUAUCUUUUGUAAAAUAUUUUCAUAGUUAUGCAUACUCUCGUCAUAUAUGCAUUUUUGUAAACAGUGUUGGGUUAGAGAACUGCAUUUCAAAAUUUGGUUAAUUGCAGAUUUUGAAACACCGCUGUGUUUUGGUUCUCCUUCUGUUCAGGAAAACGUGAAUUUGAUAAAUUUGUCUUUAAAUGCAAACUUUUUUGAAUUUCUCUCCCAUCCCUACUCUAAAGUAAACGUUUCCAUUUUGGAUUGCCUUUUUUAAUCAAGGACAUCUGUUUUCAUUAUAUAGUAGUAAGGUAUACAUAAAAUGUUGCUUGCUUUUCCGAAAUAAAAUUCUAACUGCCAAAAAUUUUGGUCAAGAAUAGCCUUGCUGAUGUCUGUUUUUCUUUGUAACAGAACCAGCUUUCAAACUCGCAGAGUACCAGCUCCUUCGGUGGCACACAGGUAUAUGGAUAUACACAUUCACCGUUCUAUUUAAAUGUUGGCUACUUUCCUGAUAAUGCCGCUCUUAGAUUGGUUGGCAAUAGUAUGGCUAAGAGGGACAAGCAAGCAGAAGGCUGCUAAUGCCCCCAAAUGAAUUGGGUCUUCCCUUCUAUGGCAGGUGCCAACAGUGGUUCUUUGUGUACCCAGUAAUAAAGUCCUUCCACAGUGCAAUUCUGUAGAGCAGAGUCCCAUUUAAUUUGGUGGGAUUAACUCUCAGGUAAAGCACCCUGCUUUCCAGGGAUCAAGCCUCAUCAAAUUCAGAGGCGUUUACUUCUGAGUAGGCAUGGUUAGGACUGCAGUGGAAGUGUAGACAAUCCCUAAGUGACAUUGAUCUCAGUUGUAUCUGGGUGAAGUCUGGAAUUUCCUGUUGCUGUUCUGUUCUUGCUGGGGAGACGCUAAGAUCCUAGCUUCCUGGCUGGUAUGUCCUCUAAGACAGGAUAGAGUUGUGUGACCUGAACUGGAAUAAUAAUUUUGUGUGUGAUUUUUAUAGGAAAGCAGCUUAAAUAACCCUCAUCAUUCUUUCUCUACAGGGUUUGAAACCUCAGGGUGGCUCAUCAGAAACUGUCCGUGUUACCAUCCAGGUAACUAUUAGGAUUAUGCAAAGAAAAUAAACACAUGCAACCCUUGGCAGCUGCUUUGUUGACCUGGGUAGUGUUAGCUCGGUGGCACGUACUGAAAUUGUACUUUCUCACGGAUCCUUGGCGGAGGGUUGCCUUACCUUGUUUUCUGUACCUUGGUUGACUGAUCCAUUGCCUAUGAGGAGGAAAAUAAAUGUUUCAGUUUGCAUCAGACUUGUAUGAACCUUUUAAGCUGAGUAGCUCCUUCUGAACUUGGGACAUGGGUGGCGCUGUGGGUUAAACCACAGAGCCUAGGAUUUGCUGAUCAGAAGGUCAGCGGUUCGAAUCCCCGCGACGGGGUGAGCUCCCGUUGCUUGAUCCCUGCUCCUGCCAACCUAGCAGUUUGAAAGCAUGUCAAAGUGCAAGUAGAUAAAUAGGUACUGCUCCAGCGGGAAGGUAAACGGCAUUUCCGUGCGCUGCUCUGGUUCGCCAGAGGCGGGUUAGUCAUGCUGGCCACAUGACCCGGAAGCUGUACGCCGGCUCCCUUGGCCAAUAAAGCAAGAUGAGCGCCGCAACCUCAGAGUCGGCCACGACUGGACCUAUUGGUCCGGGGUCCUUUAGCUCCUUCUGAAGAUAUCAGUGCUGCCAAAUUUCAGACACAUAGGGACAGGGUUUUUGUGUGUGCUAGGUAUCUCUUUAAAGCAAGGAUAUUUCAGCCUGAGGGCUGGAUUUUAAUGUAGCCCAACCUUCUGAGGGCCACAUUUGAAGGGAAGGCAAAAAGAAUGACUAACAAUAGCAUGGCUGAUGUCUUGUUUUUCUUCACAGGAGGGUCGGCCUUCAGGAUCACAGGGCGGUAGCUCUGUUAGCAUACAGGUAUAUACUUAUAUAUUAUACACUUUAUAGCAAAUGUUGACUUUAUCUCAAGAAUAUUAACUCACAGCAGCAAGGUUGAUGUCUUGUUUUUCUUCACAGGGGGGUCGGCCUUCAGGAUCACAGGGCAGUAGCUCUGUUAGCAUACAGGUAUAUACUUAUAUAUUAUACACUUUAUAGCAAAUGUUGACUGUUAUGUACUGAAGUUCUCACCCUGGGCCAGCAGGGGGAUACUGUAGAUAGUUAUGCAAAUGAAGGAUCGAAAGUGAUGUUCAGUGAUUGGAUGGAUACUGUAGAUAGUUAUGCAAAUGCAGGAUCAAAAGUGACGUUCAGUGAUUGGAUAGUUUUAGAAAGUUGUUACAGUAACGUGGUACUGGAGCUCUAUAUAAGCAGGCUGACUGAGCCCUUCAGUUCAGUUCUGUCCUGGCCUGUGAAUAAACAAGAGCUGUUUGAAGAAUCGCUGUGUCGUCUGAUAUGUUCACCCACAACUUAACAUUGACUUUAUCUCAAAAAUAUUAACUCACAGCAGCAAGGUUGAUGUCUUGUUUUUCUUCACAGGGGGGUCAGCCUUCAGGAUCACAGGGCGGUCAGCCUUCAGGAUCACAGGGCGGUAGCUCUGUUGGCAUACAGGUACAUACAAACACAUAUAUACUUCAUAUCAAAUGUGAGGAGCAGAUGGGGCUCAUUAACCUGGGAAGGUAGCCCAUCUGGGAGAAAGAAAACUCUGAUCCUAACCCUCUGCUGCCUUGUAGGAUAUCUUUGGGGGAAUAAAAAGCUAAGGAGAAAACCCCUCACAAAUCUGGACUGAAGUCCCUAAGAUGGUUGGAUGACCUUGUAGGCCUCCUUCUAGAGAAGAAGUGGAGGUGGUGGUUCCUUGGUAGACAGUAGAGUCUAUUGGGGAGGGGGCAAAGGACGCAAGCUGUACAACACAGCAAUUGUAGCUCAGCAGCAAUGAUAUCGGAAGGAAGGAAAAGUUAACCGCAUGGAGAUACUCUAUGUCUCCUGAAAUUUAUGGGGAAAGUGUCUUCCAAGGAGCCACUACCCACAUCCCAUUCUGGGCUCUUGGUAAAUUUUUCUCCCUGGACAUCAGAAUGAGCUGGUGGUGGUGGCUGUACAAUAAGGACAGGCGAACUGCUUGAUGUAAGCUGCUUUGCCAACCCCGGCUUUGUAGGGAUUGGGCAAAGAAAUUGGCCUGUGCUAACCCUCCUGCACAAGAUCCUUAAUGGUCAUUGCCUGCUUUUCUUCACAGGGCCAGUCUUCAAGCUCACAGGGCAGCAGCUCUUCUGGCAAACAGGUAUAUAUGCAUGUGGAAUUGUAUAGUUGGAAGGAACCCUGAGGAUUAUCUAGUCCAACUCCCUGCAGUGCAGGAAUACGUAGCUGUCCCACACAGGGAUCGAACUUGCAACCUUGGCAGUAUCAGCACCAUGGUCUAACCAACUGAGCUAUCCAGGUUAUGUAGUGGUUUAAACAGUUUUGGACCCAGAACUGUGAAAUCUGUGUGUGACUCCAGGCCAGUCACUUUAUCUCAGGCCUAACAUGUGAAUGGUGGAAGUAUUUUAUUGUUUUGAAGUGAUUUUUUUUAAAUAAAAAAAAUUCUGGGAAAGAGUGUUAAAACCAUUAUAGACCGCAAGAAAACAACAGCAAACAAAACACAAACGGAGGGAAUGUGUGUAGAAAAUAUAUUACUUUGAAGGCGAUAGUACAUUUUUUUAUUUCUUUGUUUUUAAAGCAGGGUGGAUCUUAUUCAACCGGUGGCAGUCCCUGUGGCAAGGUAUAUUCUUUUAUUUGACAAUAUUUUGGAAACAGUCUCAGUAUUAGCUAUCAUACAAUAGAACAAUUUGUUGAGAAGGAGAAGAUGUGAGCAAAACGUAAAGUAUACAGUAAGGAAGCUCUGCAAUUCCUUGUUACUUCUGAUAGCAAACAGUACUAGAAUUGGUAAUAUACAAAUAUUUGCACACAGCAGAUCUUUAGAUAUAAAUUAUUCUUGGACCAAUGCUGGUGUAGAAUUGAUUUUCCAUGGAAGGAAGUGCUAUUAUCUUAACCUUUAUCCUUCAGCAAUAACUGGCAUGGACAACAUCCCCUUUGAGGCUUUGUCUACGUGUCACCAAUAUGAGAAUGAGUGCAAUUCUUUCCAUGUGUUUCAUAUACAGUGGUACCUCGGUUUUCAGACAUAAUCCGUUCCAGAGGACCAUUCAAGUUCUGAAACAUUUGAAACAUUUGAAAACCGAGGUGCAAAGGGCAGUCUGCAAACUUAAUAGAGAAAAUGGGGAAAAAAACCUCAGUGAAAGCCGUUCGACUUCCGAGGUGCGUUCGAAAAUGGAAGCAUUUACUUCUGGGUUUUCGGAGUUUGAAAACCAAAGCAUUAGACUUCUGAGAUGUUCAAAAACCGAAGUACCACUGUUCAAAAACCGAAGUACCACUGUAUAUUGAAUGUAUCACUGAAAUACUUUCUCUCUCUGCUUUCUAAGGCAAGAGAGAGAGAAGGGGAAAAGGGUGGGUGCUUGUGGUUUUGCAUGGACAUGUGUGUGUGUGUGUGUGUGUGUGUGUGUGUGAGAGAGAGAGAGAGAGAGAGAGAAUGAAGGGCACUCUAGCCAUGUGUCUGCAUACAUAGUGGUGCUGGUUUUAAGUACAGAUGUGCUCAGAUCCAUAAUCCAGGACUUUAAGGAACUAAAAAAAUGAUAAUUGCUUUAAAAAAUGCAAACCUAAGAAUAACAAGAAUAAACAUUCAUUUUAAACAGGGGAUUACAUAUGACAGCAAUCCCUGCAACCAGGUAAGAUUUCCAUUCCAUUCACGUAAAAGACAUAUGUCAAUAGAACAUCUAGUUUUAGGGUCUAACUAAAUGCAAAUAAAAGCUCCUGAAGAUGACCUUGUUCUAGUGCAUUCAUGAUGCUUUGUGCAACUGAUGGUAUCGGGUUAGCUUUAAAUGAUUCUGCUUUGAAUACUGUUCGCACCUGCCAAUGUUUUGGGGCAGACAUGCUGUUUUGUUUCCAAUUGGUGCAUGUCCUGCUGAAAUCCCACAACUUUUCAUGGUAUAAAUGUUCUGGGUUCCCUCUUUCCCCACUGUUCUUGCGAUGUUGUUGCACAAUAGUGUCUCUCUAGACAGCAAUAAACAUUGGGGAAGCAAGUUGAAAGCUGCUCAAGUGAUCGGAAUCUAAGAAGAGAAGAAGCCCAAACACAUUUUGGUGUGGCAAAUUCCCCAGAGUUUUGGGGAAAGGCCAUGAAAUAGAAUAUGCAGAAAUAGUGUGGUGCAUUGUUUAGAAUUUCAAACAAGCAAUCUCUUGAGCAGCCAACAGCAUUUGCAACUCUACCUCCAUCAUAGAAAUUAUUGUGCAUUUCCCACUCAAAUAAGAGAAGAUGGUAGCAUUUGUGUGUGAUUAUUGAUUUUGUGCUGCUUUACAGGGCCAAGCGUCACCGCCGUCAUCAUCAUCAUCAUCAUCAUCAUCUUAUUCAUCGUCGUCUUCUUCACAAAGCACCUAUGGCCAGGUAGGGGUUGUUUCCUUUAGCUGUUUCUUCCCAGUGUAUGAUGAAUGGAUGAUGCACUGAUUUUCAGGCGCUUUAACUGGGAGAAAGGAUCUGAAGAUUCCCAUAAGGAAGCGCACAAAUGCAAAACAUGGCUGCAAAUGUGCUGACAGAAUACUGGAAGGGCACAGGGGACCUAUGUCAGAAACAGAUGGCGUGCAGACCUUUAGGCAUUUUCAUUGGGAUCAGAAUAUAAUGCAUGAUCAGAAAAUGCCCAUUGGUGCUGAGACAACACAGGACAUCAACUCACUAGAAAGUUCUCCUUCACAAACUCCAUUGCACUGUUGCACACCGCCCAUUCCUUUCAAGGGAGUUUGCUUGUGCAAGAAAACAUUUCGGCCGUUUGUGCCCUGGGUUUCCACACAUUUCUAAAUUUUCUUUUAAAUUCCUGUGAGUCAAAAUAAUCUCCCCUUAUUUUGAGUGCCCCCAAAAGAUUCUAAACACUAGAUUUCUGAAAUUCAACUGACAAGAACUAUUUUAAUGUGUUUUCCUUCCCUCCUCACUCCGUUUGUCUUCUUUAGGGUGGCUCACAAUAUCAAGGCAACCCCAACGCUUGUCCUCCGGUAAGUUCCCUUUCUCUUAAGUUUUAUGAUGAUUUGCUACCUGACAAAGUUAUAUAUAUAUGAUUCUGUCCCUCUAAUGUCCUUGUCAGCAACCAAGUUUUCCUUAAAGGCCAAUUUCAGAAGCAAAUGAUGAGAGUCAGUUAGCGCCUCGGUCCUGUUACUUCUUCAAGGCAAUCCAAGAGUGUUCAUCAGUUGUUGUUUGUUUUCUUAUAUCUUUAUCCUGCUUCUCCAACAAACAUUGUCUGCCAAAGUGGCCCACUUCAGUAGCAAACAAAUAAACGCAAGGGUUGUUCUCUGGCUUGCUAACCUAAUUUUCUGUUCUGAACCACCCUGGGAUCUUCGGAUGAAAGGUGGUAUACAAAUUUUAAUAAUAAUAAUAAUAAUAAUAAUAAUAAUAAUAAUAAUACAAGACACACAGAAGGGAAGGGGAUUAGAGGAAACAAGCAGAGAAGGGAGAUCAGUUUGACAAUGCAAGGGAUGAGUUGUAUAUAUGCUUGUAGUCUUGUAUGGACAAAGGCGUAAGAACUAUGUAUAUGAGAGAAAUUCAAUUUCAUGCACAUUUAAGGGUGAACUUACAUAAUUCACACUUGGCAAAGUAAUUUCUGAUUUUGUAUUUUUUUCUCUCAGGGGAUAGGUACUUCUUCCAACAACAGAAACAGAUGCUGAGUGGUAAAUAUCAGCUUUUAUUAUACAAAGAUGAAUCUCAAAGUAUGAUAGUCUUUGAUAUCUUUUCUUUGAAUAUUGCAGAGACAUUUGUAUUAUGGGUUGCAUUUGAUGGAUUUUCUGUGCGAUCCCAGGGAAGCUUUCCCAAACCCAAGGGAACCAUAUAAAGGAAGGGGCACCAGAAGAUUAUAUGCAUGGGACUUAAAUUUGUUACAUGGCACAAGAGGCUCCAGAAAGUGAACAAACUUUCACUUAACCUCAGAAUAUGCCUCAUAGUAAAUGGAGUCCCGAAUGUGAUUGUAGGCGGCAACAUUUUCAUUUUACCUUGACAAUUCCAAUAAACAAUAACCACAUUGUGCUCGUGAUAAACAAAUUCACACUGCUCAGCUCCUCAAGCAAUUGAUGUAUAAUGUCAAAUUUAAAUGAAUUGGCAGGUAGGUAGGCAACUUGUAUUUUGCCCAUUGCUCUUUAUAUGAGAUGGAAGUAUUUAGCAUUGUCUCCCGAGACAGACAGAUGCCAACGACAGCUAGAACUGUGGACUUGGUUCGCAUAAAUGAUCUCAAGAUUAGAUCAUUAGCUGUGUCAUUCCAUACAAAGGAAGUUGUAUUGUUAGUGAAAUGUUACCAGGAAAGAAUUUAAGCAGUAGGGGAUAUGUAGGUUGUCUUUUUUUUCCCUUUUUCUUUUUAAGAAUCCUGCUAUAGGUUAAAUAAUAACAACAACAACAACAACAACAACAACAACAACAACAACAACAACAACUUUAAAUGAAAUACCUACAGAAUGACAUGGUUGUAUUUAUGUGUUUCAGCAAUAAAGUGUUGAAACAGAAAAUCGGUCUGGAGAGGAAGAAUAUAAUUCAAUAGUCACGAGAGCAACUGGAAUUUCUCAAAGUUCAAAUACAUUGCAAAAUUACCCGUCUGCAAGACACCUCCCUGACACCUCACGCUGCAGAACAGAAAUGUUCGUGUUUUCACAAGUCAAAAUCAGGAGUCUUGAAGUG